AUGGCGAGUAGCAAGAAGUGGACCUUACACCACUUAGUGGUAUUUCUUCUCACUUUUCUGAGGUAUGUGUACUUCUUUCACACAAAACAAAUGAAAACGAUAUCGUACAGAUACAGAUUUUUGUAAGCUGUUACUCGAGCUUACCAAAAAAAUAAUGAUAAUAAUAAUAAUAAUGUCUUUACUCCGAGGUUCAAUGAUGUCUGAUGAUAACAUAGAAUGUUAGACUUACUCUAAGCAAUGCAUAGCAAGGUAAAUACAGUCAAACCCCGUUAAUACGGACGCUGAAGGGACCACAGAAGGUAUUAACGGGGUGUCCGUAUAAAGCAGGUCUUGUUAUUAAAGAAAAACAAAAACGCCUUUAACAAAAUACCAAAGAAAUAGAAAAGGACAUAUGCAUCGUCAAAUUUCACUUCUCGAACCUUCACAAAGUCGUCAAUACUUGGCUUAAGGCCACGGAAACACUUAAAAAUCGCUCUUUUAUAGAUUACUUAAUCAAAACCCUUCUCUGCAUAUCUUUUUCAAUGCUAAAAAUUGACGUCUACAAAUCAUCCUAUCCGGUGUACUGUAGCCUAUUCCAGGCUCCGAGAUAGUCGAAAGAUAGAAAGUGUGAACAUGAAAAUAAAACUGGAGAAAACUGAGGAGAGGAAGGGUGGUGAAGCCUGUCAUAAUUUCUUUAAAUGGCUUGUUCCGGUAUACCAGCUAUCAGAUUGGUUUGACAGAGGUUAUAUCAACACUUCUCAAUGCAGCUUGUUUCUGUCACUCAGAAAGAUGGUGUGGGGUGUCCAGGCGUGUGAAAUAGAGGAAUCCACAAACUUCUUUGUUCAAUGAACGGAAGACCUGCCUUGUUUGGAAAAGAGAUGCAACCCCCCGACUGACUUUGGGAGCAUUUGACAAAGCUGUAUUCACGUUUGGAAGACCUGCUUUAGAAAAACAAGUGAACUUUUAAAAAUCUUUGUGGAAAAGAUGUUUUGCAACCCUGCCGACUGACUUUGGCAAAAGUUUGACAUCUCAGCUGUAUUCACGUUUGGAAAGACUCACAUUAUCUUUAGAAAAACAAGCUGGACUUUUAAAAAUCUUUACUUAAAGAGCAAUCAUGACUGAGUCACAACGCAAUUAUUCUCCAUAGCUGCAUUCCAUUUUUCGGAAUUUAGAUCUGUAAAUCACUAUCUGUGAAAUUUUAAAUGUGCUGUAAAAAAGAAAACUAAUGAGCUUGGCCUAGCGUGACAAAAUAUGGCAAGAAACCAUCACAUUCAUGGGCGAAAGAAAGUCACCCUUAAUUUUUCAGAUCUAGAAGGCACUUUGGAGAAAAUUAAACAACCUAAAAUGACAAAAUCAUUAUGCGUGUCGUGACCUCUCAGCAUGAAACAAGCAGCAAAAAUCACAUUUGCUCUGUUAAAACGUAGAACCCUCCAGAGCAUAAUCUACCCGCCAGAGAAAAAAUUCAUUCGAACAAGCAGCAUUUGGUAUGAGGUACAUGUAAUAAUUGUGUGUUGCCUACCUACCCCCUUUUUACACUCUGAAGGGAUUAGCCCCGCAAAGUUCUCCAAAUCCUCAGCCUGACCAAAAUGCCAUUUUCUUCACCCUUUUAGACCAGGUCUCGGUCUCUAACAUCCAUGACAGGGGUCACAAAUGUGAUGUACGUGUUUACACAGGUGUAAAUCACGUCAUCAUCCCUUAGAAUAUAACGUUGAAUGGUAUAUUUCAGUUAUUAUUCACGUAUAGGUCAGUUACCCCUCCCCCCUUAAACAGCUUUUUUGCACCAUGGAAUUGGCCCAAUAUUGUCCUUCUCGUCUGGGUUCUUUAGUCCUCAUAUUGCAAAGGCUUUGAAGUGGAAUUGUGACAUGUAUAAGAAUUUUACUUUCACUAACACCAAAUAAUAUUUUUUUUUUUUUCAUGCAGUGCUUCUCAAUUUCACAUCAUCCAUUGGGUUAAAACUAUAAAUUGAAUUCUAACUCCUCCUUUUCAUAAAAUUUAGAGUUCCAUUUUCAGUUGCCUGUGUAGUAUGCUUUCAUAUCCAGGCUGAUGUUGGGGAGAUUAGACUGUGUGACCAGCCAAAGGAAUGUUUGUGUGUGAGGCAAGGAGCUGGUGCUGCUGCUUUACGCUAGUCCGCUAUCCAUUUCUCUCAGUUUUACCUUUCUACAGUUGUUUUUAUAUAUACACGCCGUCCAUAGUCCACGUUUCAUACGUAGCCUGCAUUUUAUACCUAGUCCGUGUUCUAUACCCAGUCUGCAGUCGAUAGUUCGCAGUGGGCAGUCCUCAUUUUAUACUGACAGUUUUGAAAGGCAAUUCAGUCACUCUGUGGGGAAAAAUUAAACAAUUUAGAUAGGAUAAAUUUGUUUUGUUCAAAACUAGUGUAAAGUUUAGCAUAAUUGUGGCAAGAACUGGCGAAAAGAUGUGGAUCAUGGAGAUCCGUCCUGCUGCAUUAACAGAGCUUGCCCUUUGCAGAGUGCUACCCAACCUCCUACCCCCUGGAAGUAACAAAUUUAAAUACAAUACAACCAAAUACAGUCAGUAGACCCAUGAACACAGUGCUCCUCUAUUGUUGUCAUAUGUUUGUCCAUAUGAAGCUGGCAAAAUUAGCAAAAUUUGGUUUUGAACAUUCAUUACUCUGCACAAAAUUAACAAUAAGUUCAUGCGUCAGUAUGUGUAUGUUGAGAUAUUGAGCACGCAGGAAGUUUAGAGAGCAUGAAAGAAGCAUAAGAGUGCGCCUCAAGCAACUCUCGCCUCUAUAAAAAUAUUUAUAAACAAUGGAAAGAACAAGGUUGAUUUUACAGCUAGGAUUUAUUGCCAAUAUUUCAAAAGGCAUGGCCUUUCUUCAUAUCGAGUAUAUAUUCCUACAUUGUAACUGUAAAAUCAGCCUUGCUUCUUUUUGUUGUUAAGAAUUUCAGUCUUAGAACAUUUAGUUAGAUGAUCCAUUCCUGUGGCUGGUUUAUUAUACAAUGUAGGAGGACAAUGCCCUUGGGUGAGUGGCUGUCUGAAAAAUAAAAAAGGGCAAAUGCAGCAUUUUGAGGACAAGGUCUAGCCAAGGUUAUUAGCCGGGGGAGGAGGGUACUCUUAUGUUGAGUAUAUUAUGGGGAUGUGCUGCUGGUCAUGGUAUGGUUUUUGUUCUCUCUGUUCUAAACAGGGUAUAUAAUUUUGCAUGAGUCUAGCCUAAACAGGGUAUGCAAUUUCCCGGAAGGUCUGUCCUAAACAGUGUGCAUGAUUUUUACGCGUCUGUUCUAAUUAUAAACUGGGUGUUUCAUGCACGAUCGCUUUCGUCUUAGUUCAUGCACGAUGUUUAGUAUGUCAUUUGCAAGACCAAGAAACUACCUUGAAGAAGCAAUGACUGUAACAUGAUUUUCUCAGUUGCAAUUGCCAACAAAUGACUUUAAAACAACACCGCGUGCAUUUUGUCCUUUGUCCUUUGUCCUUUGUCCUAAACAGGGUAAUAAAAUUGAGGGAGUUGUCCUAAACAGGGUACUAAAAUUGAGGGUGUUGUCCUAAACAGGGUAUGUAUUUUAGGAAUUUUUUGUCCUAAACAGGGUCAGGGUUUCAAAUCCUCAGCGGCUCACCUAUACCCAAAUAUUGGUCAAGUUAUUAACCUCUGAGAGUCCAGCAAACCAGAAAGGACAAGUUGAACUGACUGGAAUUUUGUUAAGUUAUAACAUGACUCGACUGACAACCUCAGAUGACUCAAACUGAAUGCUUUAUAGUGACUCAUUUGUCUUUUUCUGCAGCUAUUCUUGUUUCCAUGCCACAAGGAAGGCGUUUAGCAAUGUCAAAGAUUCCAUGCAGAAGGAAUGGACAAACCAUUCAGUAACCUUGGAUCCACAACAGGUAAAUUAAGAAAAAAUGUUGUUUAAGGUAGAUACAUGUACAGUGUAUACGUUAUAGGUAAAAUAUGUUGUCUGGUGAAACCUGUAUUCAACAUACAGUGUAUUAAGCUUAAUUUUCUUCUAGGCCUUCUCAAACCUAGAAAUGGGUUCCAGGGUCACAAAGGUACAUACAUACAUACAUACAUACAUGUUUUUUAUUUGGAGUCUUAUAAAAAAAUUCCAAAAAUUCCUAAAGUACCCCCCCCCCCGAAAUACACACACAUUUCAUUAUUGCUGAAAGAUACACAAUGUACCUUUGACCUUAGCUUAGUUUUGAUGUUUAUGUUGCAAGUUUCAUUUGUUUGGGAAAGACAAGUUAGUGUCAUCCUUAGUGCAAACGUUUUAGUCUGGCCUGAAUUAUAUGCACCAGCCCCCUUCAGGCAAGUGUCCCCUUUCAAAUAAGCGCCAUCCCCCUCUUGACUCAAAAUAAUUAAAACAUCUUGGCCACUUAAUUGAGUAUUUACAACUUAUAUCAAGUAACAAAGUACAUGUUAGUAAUUAUAUUGUUUGAUUAUUUUGUUGUUUUUAUGUUUUCAUACAUGUAGACAACAUUUUUGGUUUUUGUUGCUUUUUCAAACAGGUGUGGGAAAACAGACAUUUCUUCAUAGAUGAGGUGAUAAAGAAUUUGCAUGUACUUUUAUAAGUGUUUCUAUAAAUUCUACCGGAAAAUGCAAAAUCCGACGGUGGACAGUAAUUAUUUAUGCUAAGAUAGAAACGGCCUCUUAGUAAUCCCUCUUACACCCCUUCCAAAAAAAAUAUUGAAUGUAUAGUCCCACAACUUAUUUAAACGAAAUUAGCCUUCAAGUGACCUACAACAGGCUUAACAUAUCAAAUCUUGCAGAAAAAGCAUAGCAAAGCAUCCUUUCUAAAAGACAAAGGUCGUUGAAUUUUAGGGAGAGUCCUUGAAAAAUCCUUGAAUUCCAUUUUUCCUUGUAAAGUCCUUAAACUUCUGUGCAAGUCCUUGAAAGGUUCUUGAUUUUCUUCAGCUUUGAAUGUAGAAAAGUUUUGUUUAAUUUUUUUUGGUCGUCCAAGACGGAAUAUGUCAUAGCUCAGAUCAGAGAAGUUAAUGGUGAUUUACAUAAAGUGUUUUUAUGUUUUAUGUAAGAAUUGACUAUCAAUUUAAGACAAGUGAACCGAAAAAUGCAUAUGUUGGUGGAGCAAACAGUUCAAGGGUUAAAGUCCUGUUAGAAUGGACUGGGAAUGUGCAAUUCCCUGUUAGGUGGUCCUUAAAAGAGGCCCUGCCGUCGGGGGGGGGGGGGGGUCGCUCGUCUGAAUUUUAAAACAUCUCGUGUCGGUGUUUAUAAAUGCUUCAUGUCGCUGUCGGAAAGUGAACGAAAAUUCGUGGUCUUCGUCGGAAUUUUAGAAAAGGGGAUAGAAAUUUGUUGCACAGAAACCAUUACAAUUGUGCAAUUUCUCGGUUAUUAUGUCGAACGUAUCGAACACCUAUACAUCGCCAUUCACAACUGAGUGAUCCACGUUCAACAUUUUAAGACUACACCUGUAACUGACCUGAUAAAUCGUGAAGGUACGGUGGUCUACUGUGUGAGAACGGUUGGAAGGUCGGUGGUUAGGUUACCUGCUUCCUGUUCUCUUCACCGUCGUCAACGCCAUGUUUCUUACAAGAAACUUAAGUCUGGAUACAUUGUCCCUCUCCACCUAUAGUGGGUACCACGAUCAUAAUGCUGGCAGGGGAUUGAAAGCCUUGUGAUGUUCUAACAUCCCGUUCAUGGAGAUGUAGUAUCUUUGAACUAGUUGCUUCACGCUACAUUUAGGGAAGAAAGCGCCAGUUCGCUCAUAACAUUUACCUUUCCACCUUACAAAUCAAGACGUGACGUGAGCAAAGCAAGCAAAGCAUACAAGAGAUGUAAAGAGUGCAUAAAAUUAAGGUAUCAGCCACCCUUCAGGAGCGUCCGCGCGCAGAUCGCUGUAGCGUUAGUUGUUUUUAUAAAAACCCCUAUAAACCAUAUAUUUUUUAAAAGCUUAACAAUUCCAGAUUAUGGAUUUGAACUAACAAAAACGAUUUACUUAAAUGUGUUUCGAAAUUGGAACGCUUUGUGUAAAAGUACACGUCUCUAUAAAUCAUGUUCCACUCCCGCCGGAAAUAAACGAAAGAAAAAAAUUAUCACCGCAUUCGCUUCUCAACACGUUCCACCAAAAAACCGUGUCUCAGAUUUUUGACAAGUGCGUUUGUUUUUCUUUUAUUAACAAAUGAAGUUGGGGAAGGCACUUAGUCAACACUCCCUGUGGAAAAAAAGCUCUAGCUUUAAAAUAAAAAGGAGUAUUAAAAUUCGCAGACAGGGUUUUGUAGAAGAGAUAUAUGGCAUCACUCUGGCCAAAUUUUAGCCAAAUUGAUUGAAAGGCUGCCGACUUGGAGUUCAAAACGUACGAGUCGAUCGGCAAAAUUUGCGUUCGGAGAUAAAAUAGAAAAUACAUUUUUGGCGGCAUCCUACCUGGAAUGAGAUUAUAACACCUAAAUGUUUAUUCUGAUUGAUAUCAGAGAGGGAUCAAUUAUCUCUAACAAUAGGACUUUGACAGGUAACAUGUAACAGGAACAAACUUUCGCGGCAAGCAAGUGAACAGUUUAAUUCUCCGUUGGAAAACUUCCACUCUUUUACACCACGAGAAGCACGGUUUAAUUCUUUCUCGAGCAAAAGUUUAGCCUCUCCUUCGAUCUUUUUUGUAUGAUCCGCCCAGGUGUUUUUGUUGUUCGGCGCCAGGCCAAGGAACUAAAAAAAUUUGAAGCCGUCGAAUGUCCACCACCGAUUGCUCGGAAGGCCAAGAACUGAGGCCCGGUUUAUUUCAAACGCUCUGCUCUUCUCUGAAGAAUUAAAAACAGACUUUGUCUUGUGCGACGGACAGCUUUCAUUCUCGCACUGGACUCUCCAGGUAGAACCAAGUCCAUGCUUAGUAGCUACAUUUUCCAUGACUUGGACUCUUCCCUGGCAAAAUCGACAAGAUACAGACUCGUCCAGUUUCUCAAGCAGCUUUUCGCUCGAUACGAUAGCUCGACCGAUUAUUGUUUUCCAGGUUCCAUCUAGCCUCCCACGCAGGCGUUUUUAGGGGAGCUCGUAUUUCUUCCCUCCCCACAAACGCCUGCUCAACGGAAAACAACAUUCCUUUCUCAUUGUUUUAUUUGCGUGGUAGGUGACCAAUCAACAAGCUCGACGACUGAACGUGACCUUAAAGUUUGUUUUCCUUCUUUUUUUCCUUCGCUAAGGUUAUGCAGUGCACGGAGUAUUCUGAAUUUUGACUAAAACUUAUUUUUUCUGAAUCUAACAUUUAUUGCAGGUCAGAAAGCUUUCCCAGUGUUUAAUGCAGAUCGAGUAAUUAUCAGAUUAGUCAAGGUCAACUUUCCAGAAUUUGGAAAGUACAAUGUGAUUGGCUAAGCUUGGGAACGGAAUGUUGGGUAAAAACGCCUGCGUGGGAGGCUAGGUUCCAUCAGCAGAUGGGGUCGAUGAGCUUAAUUGGCUUUCUUCAUCUGGCUCUUCAAGCUGGAUUUUGGAGCGGCUUGCACUCUCAGCAACUGCAGCAUUUUCGCUUUUCUGAAUAUCCAACCCCUCGAGCCACUUCUCUGGCUGAUAAAAUGAGCCUUUGUCACUCUCUCCCAAUUUUGCGGCCCAUUCUUUGUCAAACUCGCUCUUCGAUUUCUUUUUCGCUCUCGGUUUUGAUGACGAAAACGGACACGAUCUUUUCUUUUUUUUUCGCGGCAUUUUCACCGAAGCAAACGCUAAAUCUAAAGGCUAUAAACAAAGCGAAGACAAUUUGCAAGUGUUGUGUCGAAGCACGCACUCGGUAUUACGUUACUAGUCCCGACCUAUCCAAUCGAACAAAACCGAACAAAAAACCAAUCGAACCCAAUCGAACUCCAAUCGUUCGAUUGGGUUGGGCAAUCGAACAAAAUCGAACACCUAUUUUGCUGUGAGUUCGAUUUUCGAACCAAUCGAACCAAUAUAAUCGAACGAAAUCGAACAACUGAGUAAAACACGUGGAAUAUAAUCAUCGUCAGCUUUUAUUGAAUAAACAGGAACUGAACAUCAUACUGCAAGAAUGUCAAUGUUCGAACAAAACAAAACAAAUAAAAGGCAAUUUCGAUGACUGUUAAGGUACUGUGACUGUUAAAAGGAAAUGCUUCUCAACAGAGAAAAAUCGCACCAUUUCAACAACAGCAACGCAGGCAGUUGUGUUUAAAAUUAGUAUUAUAAUAAGCAGAAGGGACCUCGCUGCAGCCAUUACUCUCUCCAGGUUCCCCAGAGUGGCCAAGAGUGACGUGGAGUGUUGGAGUGUUGGUAACCUUGAAUGCUCUUCCCUUAGAGCCAAUCUUCUUAAAGAUAAAGAAUUCUUCUCCCACAUCAACAGUAAAAUUACAUUCUUGGUAACCUUUUACACUGCAUGUAAUUUCAAUACAUGCAGUGUGCUCCCUCUCCUCCGUGUUUGACAUUUCAGACAUUUCAGUCCUAGGUUUCAGUGCUCAGCAAAAGCCGCGUAAAAAGGGAAGGGAGUUAGCGGUGAUUUCACUUUCACCUUCGGAAUUUUCCAAUACCACGUGCCUAUCAUGCGAUGCGGCGUCCGUUAAUCGAACGUUCGAUUAUACCAAUCGUUCGGUAAUCGAACGUUCGAUUGUGUUCGAUUGGCAAAAUUUUAUUGUGAAUUCGAUUAUGUUGGAUUGAGUUCAGCAAUCGAACGAUUGGUGUUCGAUUGGGUUCGAUUGCCGAACUGUUCGAUUGGAUAGGUCGGGACUAGUUAACAGGCAAGUUAAUUGAUAUAUGACACGGGUAUAAAAGAUCUUGUCAACGAUCAAUUAAGAUAAUUAACGAUAAAAAAUCUUUUACCCCCGAUAUCUUUGGACAGAAAUAAUAUUUUCUUCUGAUUUUUUUUUAAAAGAAAGCUCUCAAGCAUAUCUAUUUGAAAACGUUGAAACCUCAAAUAUGGAAAAAUGGCAAUUUUAAAGGUGGCUGAUACCUUAUGCUAUGUGACGGACAACCUCAUUCCCAGGUCUCCGAGGAGUUGUGCAGGGUUGCGUAAAUGAAGUGUAACGCAGACGUUCUUAAGGUCACGAGCGCCGACUGGAAGUAACUCACGCCAGUGUGAACAUACUGCGCCUGUGUUUACAUCCGUGAGGUCAGGUCGCCGAUGCUAGAACGCCACUUUUUUAAGUUCAAGAUAGAACGCGAGAAUCUAGUACUCGAAAGUUCGGGUUUGGGUAGGAAUCAUUUGGUAACUUAAUUGUUGACUUAAAACCAAGGACAAUUCUUCUGCUAUUCAUUCGUCGUUUUCAGCGAUGUAAACAACAGGUACAAAACAGUCUCUAACUCUAUUUUUGGACUCUACUGGUUGACCCGGUUAGCUCAAGCUGGCUGCAGAAUGCAGAACUGGAAAGAUGGCAAAAUUUUACGGCAUUUUCGUAAGAUUUACUCGAUUUCUUGUCUAUGCGAAUCAUCAUCAAGUGAACUCACAUCUUACUUAAGAAGGCCAUUGAUUAUAUAUAUCCUGAAAACGUUUUUUGCGAGUCUGUGACAUUUGGCGCAAUCGACUUUGAAAAUGAAUAGCAAACGAAAUCUCAUUUGUGGUUAAUGGAAAUACAAACAAAAUGGACCGCUAUCAUGUAUGGUAGUUUUUGUUCGCUUGAUUUGUGUCUACACAACAAUCAAAUAGUACACGACGGCAUUUCAAGCUUGGCGAAUAAAUUGGAAAGAUGAGAUGUUAAUAUGACAAUGGGACAAAGAAAAUGUACGAGUCCUCUUCAGCGACAAAGAUCUUUCUAAAAUUCGAAAUUCUAUGGGUGAAGACAUUUCAAAUAGCAAAAGUAAACACAGACAAGACGUACGUGACUCGCGUUAUACCAAACACCAUUCAUUGCUUAAACUUCGCUUUUCGCGCCACAAACGCCGUACUCGAUCCAUACCAGGCUCAACCUUCCCGACGUCUGUGACCUCAAGAACGUCCGCUGCUUAAGCUUUCUAAUGAGAUGUAAUGCCGGCGACGCGACUCUGGGCACUUAAGACUGAAACACCAACCCUCUGGGAGACUGUGACAUUUGAGUAGAGGUUUGUUUUUACAAGAAAAUAUUACCCUGACACCCUGUAUGUGGGUUGGUGUUUUAAUCUGACUAGUGCAAAGUGUCCGCUGAGCUUAAUUCACUCAAUUAUUACAUGAUUACAUGAAACUUCAUAGAAAGAACAGCAAUUUACAACGACAUGUCUAGGUAUAAACAUUAUCUAAACUCUACUGAUAAUUAAAAGGUUACCCAUUUUAGUUCAUUUAUCUGAUUUCAUAUUUCCCAUACAUGCCUGGUCGAGGUGGUUGUGCACAACUAGAAACACAACUCUUAAGGUCUAUCAAGAAAUGUGCCAGGCAUAACCCCCCACCCACCCACCCACCCAUUUUGGACCGGAUCCAUGAACCACUUACAUGUAUAUGAACCUGGUCCCUGGACCCUAUUUUUGGUCUCUGCCCCCCCCCCUAAAAAAAAGGGAAAUUAAGGAAGGACAAAUUAUUGAUAAACAUGAUGCAAAUAUCCUUGUUAUUUAUUUUGGUUUUUUAUCCACUGUCACACACGGGUAAAUUUCUUCAUGCUGCAAAAGUUAUUUAUUCGGUAACAUGGGAAGGGCAGGGGGGCAUGAUCCAGAACGAAAGUCGUUUUAACUGUGCAUGUGUAAGGAAAAAAGAAAACAGCAAAAAGAAAAAAUAUCCACAAAGCUGACCAAACAUCUUACUAAUCAUUAGAAUCACACAGCCUGGCUGCAAGCAAAUGUAUCAAACAGCAUUGUGUACAUAGGAGUAAAUAUUAAUGUCAGUGGUCAACACUUUCAAACCUUAUCUUUGCACUAUUACUUUAUGUAGGUUGAAGCUGGCGUUAAUGUUUAUUGUUCAUUUCUCCUUUUGACUGCUUUAAAAAAGUGUCCAUUGACCCGUUCCAAAAUGGGGGGUCCAUGGAGCAGGGGCGCCUGGGUCCACGUUUUGUCCUCACCCGCUGACAUGAACCUGUUAUUUCACACAGCAACAUGCUGAGGUUUUCCUAGGUGCAAUGGAUACAACCUUCCUCCUGGCCUAUGCUGUGGUAAGAAAUUAUGCUUUUCAAAUAUGUAAAAUACGUGAUUGAAGUAGUCACUGGCUCGGACCAUUUUAAUUCCUUUUUGUCCCUUAAGUUAACAACAAAGUAAAGGAAAAUCGCCUUACUUCCCCUUCUUUGUGGAGACCUUUACUUACAUAACCAGCAGGGUCAAAAGCUUGCUUUUGACGGAAUAGAUUUUGAGAAUAAUAUUGCCAAAUGACAGUAACUUUUUUUGUUUUGUUCAUGUUACAUGUACUUGUUAAAUCAUUAAUAUGACAGCUUGUCAGCAGUUAAUCAAAAAUAGUAAAUGUAAUUAUGAAAUCAUAUUAGAGAUUUUUUAAAAUUUGUGCCUAAAUACUUCUUACAGACUGAUGUAAGAUGUUCUUCUAUUAGUUUUCUUAAAGAAUUGUGAGACCUAUCUUAAAUAAGUACAAACGUUAUUACUUGGAGAUAACUGAUUAAUUAAUAUAUAGAUUUCGCCAGGGCUAAAAGCGAAGCCUCCGUUUCUAUACUUAUGAUAAAAGCAAUCAAAUUUAAGGUGACUCGACCCAGUUUUUUUGGGGGGGUACCAUCCUACUUUGAAGCUCUCUGGUAUCCCCACCUUUACUUUUAACGUAAGUCUAACACGUAGAAUGGAUAACAUAUAGAUCAAUCUACAAUAUAACAUAAAAUUUUUGGCCAUCGGAGUAAAUGUCACGUGGUUAUAAUGCCACGCCCCUUUGAGGUCUGAGUCGAAAAUCUGCUGUUGCCGGCAUUUUUUCGUGAAACUCUCUCGGCUACACAUAGUGUGCAUUAGUGCCUUGCGCUCAACAGAGUUUCACCAAAAUCGCAAAGACCCAAUUCAAGAAAUUCAGCAGUUUCCAAAUUUAGGUCAUAAUUUAUGCGAAAAUGAUAAGUAAACUUUACACGAUUAUAUCUAAUAAACUAUGAGACUCAUCCCUUUAUUUUGGGGAUCGUUAUAACAAAUGGGUCCUUGCAAGUCAGCAAAACGCUGUAGAGCCUUGUAAAUACGCGCGAUUUCGAGCAAAGCAAACAUAUAGAAAUUAUAGUUUUCGCUAUUUGUUGACGUUUGUCAGCGUUGAGUCCUUCUCACAAAAAAAAGCAUUUUCUUAAAAUUUCGUACUUUUUUUUCCCUUCAAAUUUUUUCAGGGCCACAAUUGAUUAAAUAACUACCCGGAUUCUGAAUUUCAUGGUCAUUGAAAAACUGUGACAUUAUCUUCUAUAAGCCCAAACUUGAGUAAACAUUGAAGAUUUUUAGCGUUUUGGCUGAGUUUGUGCUUUGGGAGUUGUCUAUUGUUUCUAGUCUGUCAUGAUACAGCAUUCUUGUUCAGCACGCGUGUAAUGACCGCGCUUGGCUGACUUCUUAAUGCUCAAAUAGCUGUCAAAUUCCCCGGGGUGGGGACGAAAAAGAGGGCAAAUGCCCCGUCCACCGUCAACACUGCAACAUUUUUCAUGAUCGCACAGUCGAGUAUAGUGCCAUUUUAAGCAUUUUUAUGUGCGAUUUUUUGUUUCAGUUAACGCAAUCGUGCUACUCUAAUUAAGACUUCACGCCGUGACGACACCAGUUUAUGGUUUUAGUAUUGUUAAAAAAAUCAUUGACAUUGAAAUUAAUAGUGGGCUUUAAAGUUAUCUGUUAUGGAUAGUUUUUCAAAUAAUAUUAACAGAAAUUUGAUUCAAUAACCAAAAAACGUUGAUUCACGUCGAUAGCUCCCGAUAAGUAAUUCUGGCUUGAUAAGCAAUUUAGAAAUGCAUGCAUAAAAUCGAGAACAUACCUCUACAAUCCUCUUCAAUUUUUUCCUUGACAGAUGAGCCAAUCAGCUUGUUUUUUUUCAGUUAAAUCCUCAGCGUAGUUAUAUUCUGAUAGGAAACCGCGUGCGUGUCAAAAGUUUGGGGUUGGCCCUGGGGUUGACAAAUGCCCGGCCCACGGGCAGCGCAAGAUUUGCAAAUGCCCCACCCCUGGGACUGACAAGGCGGACAAAUGCCCCGCAGUAGCUGGAGGGGGGGUGGGGGGUGCUGGGCGCAUCUGGAUUUGACUGAUGCGUUAGUUCAUUUCUGGUAUAUUCUAACUUUCCGCAGACAAAUUCCUCAAACAAAUCGCAUGUUUAUGUUCCAAUAUUCGCUUCCUCCCGCGGUGCAAACACUGUAUAAGACAAUGUUCCUGUGCAAUAUCCCACGGCAUCUAAAACUUUUUUUGCUGAAGAAUACUUCUUAGUCAAGUAUUAGUCGGCUACCUUUUAUAAUCAUACAACGAUAACCUAUUAAGAAGAAAAAGAAAGAAUCGCACCUGGAAUCCGAAGCCACCAUUUGGUUGUUCUUCUAGACCUUUAACAGCCAAAAGCAACUUGGGAGCGAGGCUGAGGUAACUUUACGCGGGAAAUAUCAACCUCGUACCCAGGCCCGGGCUACUUUCUUACUUUCUUGGAAGCUUUAUUGAUAAUGACGUCACCUUUAUUAGUACCGUAAAAUUCCGAAAAUAAGCCCCGGGGCUUAUAUUUUUCAAAGGCCCUUUUUGAGGGGCUUAUAUACGGAGGGAAAUUUGCGUUCCAAAAUCUAUUGGGUUAGCUACUUGUACUGGGAAGGAAAUUUACCAUUUUUGCUUUGUUUUACUUUGUACUCGAGGGAAAAUUCCAAGUACAAGCCCGGGGGGCUUAUAUUCGGAGGGGCAAUUUAACGGAGGAUUCUUUGGGUGACGAUUUUGGGGGGCUUAUAUUUGGAGGGGCUUACGGUAUGUUUUCAACGUGUAUUAUUUUACAAUCAGUGUCUAACAGUCUGCAGUCUGCGGUCUGCAAAUGUCAUACACCGUCUCACGAUCGUGUUUUGGGCUACUGUUAUGAAUGAACAUUGACAGAUAAAUAACUUAAUUUCUUGAAAAUUUUUAUUCAAAAACCCAUAAGUUAAUCUUACAAGCAAUUCACAUAUAACACUAACUGGAUCCUGGAUCCGUUCACGCAUGUUAAAUCAGCUGAGCACAUGGGAAAAAAAUCACAUAUUAUUUCAAAUGCACAUUUUGUGGUUUUUCUUUCACGCCAGUGUGUCAAAAUGUAGAAAACAUCCAUGAAACCUUUCUAAACACAAAAAUUCCCUUUUGAAAAUGUACUUUCUGUGACCAUAGAGUACAGAAUGUACCUCAAGUUUCUUCAGAAACCUCGCUGCCUCGGUUGGUUCAAAACUACCCUGCGAGCAGAGGCUACAUUUUGGCGGAAUGAGCUGGCGUGCGAAAAGUAGCUACUUUUCGAACGCAAGCUCAUACCGCCAAAAUGUAGCCUCUGCUCGCAGGGUAGUUCAAAACAAGCCAAGCGCUCUGAUCCACCGUGAAAAAAACAAAGUUGAAUUCCUCGCAAGACAGUUUCAUAGCGAAAAGCUCUCGUUUGUCCACAAAGAGGAAUUUGAGCUCUCUUUUGAACUUUCUCUUUCCACUUGUGUCUUUUAUCGGCGUAUUUUCAAUCUUGAAAUGCAAAACGUUAGUCUUGAAAACCACGACAUGAUGACACACGCCAGCUCAUUUGACUUUUGUGAGGGAGGGGGAUAUGGGUGAUUUAGUUUGGGUAAGAAUUUUUUCCCCAGACCUCUAGUUAGAAAUUUUUUCCUGACAUAUAACGGUGUAAGAUUUUUUCUUAGCAUUAUAUACGUCAUGAGGGACGCACGUACACAUACGAACAUCAGAUCUUCAUAAUUUAACCAAUGGGACAAGGGCACCCAAUGACUGUUUUCUGUAAAAUGUCUGUUCGGGGAAGCAGAUGUUGCCGAGAAUUCUCUAUUACUUUACAAUGGCUGAAAACUUUUAGAAAACCGUGCCAUUCAUGUACAAUUUUUGAACGUUAUCUAAUAAAUUCCCUGUGAUUUUAUAAAGCUUAAUUUUUCACAUUUCACUCCUCAUGUAAGGCUAUUUUUUGUAGAAAAAAGGAAACCUAAAGUUUUUGGAUUCAAAUAAUAAUUAUUAUGUGAUAGAGGUAGGACUCAGUAAAAGUCUCACUUUUGUAAUACGUUCUAUUGCAUCUCUAAAUUUUCUGGAAAAUAGUGCCGAAGCCCUUGUAACUUCAAAGAGACUCAAGUUCCCCUACCAAGACCGAACAGAUAAAAAUUUUAUAGCGCUGCUUAGAAUGUAUUUUAGAGAUCCAAAAUGUGAAAAGCCUAAAAUGUGUUUGCAAUGUACAAAUGUAUUUAGGAGAAAACUGUCGUUGGGCUCCCCUGAUGGGAUUCAUGUCUUCCCCAAACCUUUCAACUCACUGCAACUGCAAGUUACCCAUGUAAAUGACUGCAAAUUAAGGCAGCGCUGUUUACUUAACCAGUGCACAAUCACAAUAAAGUGGUGAAGUUGAUGAAGAUUAUGAAUCUGAUAAAAAAAAAGAGUGAGAGAGGAGAGUGGCAAUUUUGACGAAUCUGGUAAAAAUGGACCAGAGAACCUGCGGGCAAUAGUCAAAAGCGCAAUUCUGGCAAAAAAAAUUGCAUCGUGGGGCUCCUUUGCCAACUCAUUUGAAUAUUCAACAAACUUUGACUAAUUUUUUGCCAAAUUCAUCAUUUUUGUCCGAACCGCUUUAUUCACCAAAUCAUUUAUACAUUUUGACAUUUUUUCACCAAAUUUGCCAUCACUUGUCAAGGGGCUCCUUUGCCACUUUUGUGAAUUUGUGCAAACACUUUGGCAAAUUCCUGCCAAAUUUGCCAUUUCCCCAAAUUCACCAUACAUGUGUCCGUCAAAAUUUUCCACUGUAAUGGGGUCUGUUUGCCACUUCAUGUUUGAAUUUUUGCUAACGCUUUUGGCUAAUCUUCACCAAAUUCGCCAUUUUACCAAAUUUACAUGUACCAUAUUCGUCUAAAUUGCCACUUGUUAUAAAACUCUGUUGCCAAAUCAUGUGAAUAUUCACUGAACAUCAACAAAAUUGAUUUUCGCCAGGUUCCCCUUUUUCUGUAGCACGUGCAUUUCUGGACAUAAUUAUCUCGUAGCACCACAAGAAAACCCGUCCUGAAUUGGGACUGGACCUCUCUCCUUAUCAUAUAUAACCCUCUCCUGGGACCUAACCUGAUCAGUUAACAUCACAAAGUCCAAGAGAUUUGUCUGAACAAAAUAUCUGAAUUUCAAAUUCAUUUUUACUCUGAGGUUUGCAACUCUUUCAAUUAAUGAAUGAAUAAACAACUUUGUUAACGUGUCUAAAUCUUCUAGCUGGCCACAAGUAGCCUACUAAUAGCGGACACGAAAAAAGAAAACAGACUAAAUAGAUGAAGGUGUCUAGUCAUUAUUUAAUAGUAAUGAUAUAUUAACUAACGUAGAUCUGGAACUCUAACAUUUGAGGAUUUGGUUAUCUUCAUGCAAAGUAAGAAGUUAAUUAACCAUGCUACUAAAUAAGUUACCUAAAACAUUUUUACAGAACAUAAAAUCAGGAAUGAGAGAAUUCAUAGCUCAUAUGCAAUCAGCCUGAGGUAAAACAAAUAACAUGAAUGUGUUUUUUUCCAUUUUUGCCACAGGGUCUAUAUAUAAGUGGAAUUUUAGGAGACAGGUAUGGAUGGUUUCCUACUAAUCAUUGCAUACAAUUAUUAGUUCAUCGUAAAAUACUUUUGACAAGUGUCACCACCUUUUUAAUACAGUUGUUUAAACUUGCAACGUAAUAAACAUUUUUGGUCGCCAGAUGGCAUUAAGAAGUCAUCAAAAUUUUUCCUUUUCUUUAAAGGUCUCAUGAAAAGAAAACAUUAUUAUGAAUAUUUUAUACUCAUGCAAAAUCAGGCUUGCUCCAGCGAUGGCAAAAUCUCGUAUUUGUUUGCUGCGACUGCCAGGCCACUUAAACCUGGUUUCCAUAUGAUUGUCUGGAUCAUCCCGAUCGCCUCAAUCAUUUCAAAAAAUUUGGAGACGAUCUGAACGACUGUGACGAUUGUUAGUUUCCAUAUAAUCGUCUCCAUCGCCUCAAAGAUAAGAGACGCAGGGUCGUCAGCGAUGUCUCUGGGUCAGACAAUAGACUUUUUAUGCUCGUUUCGCAAACAAGUCCAACGUAAUGAUGGAUUUUAAUCGCAAAGUAAACCUUGUGCUUUGCUAUUUGCUUUUUCUCUCGAUUUUGUGGCGUCGAGAAGCUAGAAACGUUCCACGAAGACAUAGUAUCACCUCGAGAACUUCUCACUUUCUUGUUAACCGAAUAUGGUGUCCGAUCUUUUUUGUGUUUUUACUGCGAGCUAGAUACGCUCAGGACAAAGAAGUCCAGUUUACAGUCAGUCAAAGCGGUUACUCACAUACAGACCCGUUUUCAAGUGAAUUCAAGCAACUGAAAGCAUAAGCAGUUUAUUUGACCGGACCACGUGCAUUCAUAGUGCAAUGCCGACCGACUCGUCUCAAACUUCUUCAGCAGCGGCAAUGCCGCAACUGCAAUAAUCAGUGUUCCUUCAAAUUUUCCAGGACCAAGCGCUUUAGUUUGCCGAGUAGGUCUCACCAGUAACUGGGAAUUUUUUAAAGAACAAUGGCAGGAUUACAGAGUGGCAACAGGUCUAGAUCAAAAGAGUCAAGCGAUUCGUGUAGUGACCUUCCGUUGAGUUAUGGACUGUCUCCAGAUCUUUCUGAAUCUUGGCACUGAAGAAAUCAGACAAUUGUCUGCACUAGAAGUUUAUUUUCUACCCAAAAGAAAUGUGGUGUAAGAAAAGUACGUUUUCAAUUCCUGUAUUCAAACACCUGAGGAGACAAUUGACAGCUAUGUCAAUAGGUUGAGGAACCUAGCAUCCUCUUGCCAGUUUGGAACACUCACUGAGGAGAUGAUUCGUGGUAGGCUUGUUAUUUGCAUACAGGAUAACGACACAAAAGCUAGAUUGCUCAGGGAGAAAGAUUUAUCUUUGAAUAAGGCCUUUGACGUGUGCAAAUCAACUGAGAUUACAAACAAGCAGCUUAAGUCGCUUCAGCACAAGAGCAAACAGUCGAAUGAAGAGCUUCACCUACAUGUAUUCAAGACAAGUAAAACCAAGAAAAGCAAGAAACCGAGACCUUCCAAUCCGGGCAAUACAACUAAAGGUCCAAAAAAAACGUGGAAAUGCAAUAUUUGUGGCCAGGCCAAAUGGCAUUCAAAGCCCACCGAUUGCCCAGCUUAUGGUCAGCAAUGUAGAAUUUGCAAGAAGAUGAAUCACUUCAGCAAAGUGUGUUUGUCAAGUAAAGAUAACAGAGAAAAGGUCCAUUUUGCAGAAGAGGCAGAAGUCGAUGAUUAUGUUUCAGACGAAUCCUUACUGAAGAAGAUAGAAGAAAUUUCUGCAGUUAAAGGGCAUGGAACGCAAAUGACAUCCAGUAUUACAUUCUGAUAGAUGGUGAUGAGAAAGUAGUGUCAGUUAGACACUGGUUCCACCUGCAGUGUGAUCAGUUUCAAAGAUCUAGUUCAGCUGUUACAAGAUGGCAAUCCUCCUCUAAACAUCUCCAAAUCCACGCUCAAAUUGUUUGAUGGUACCCCGAUGCAACCAGUUGGUGUAACCACCCUUAUCGUAGUAAGAAGAAGAAAACACUACGACCUGCAAUUCCGAGUAGUAGAGAGCCCUAAUAAGCUCCUUCUUUCAGCUGAGACCUGUGUGCAGUUGGGUCUUCUUAAGGUGGAGAUAGAACCAUACGAAGAGGUCCACUCCUUGGAAAGGAUGUGUUUGAAGGACUAGGACAUGUUGGGGACACAGCCAUUAUCACUGAUCCUAAGGUAAAGCCCAUACAGCGCUCUCAGCGCCAGUCCCAAUUGUCCUCAGAGAUAAAGUUAAAGCAAAACUGGAGGACUUAGCAAAGGAAUCGUGGAAGAGGUCAACAUACCAACAGAAUGGAUUAGCUGCAUGGUUGUAGUCAGCACGCCAAGCAAGACAAGAAUUUGUCUUGAUCCCCAAGAUCUGAAUAAAACAGUUAUUCGCCCCAAGAACCAAAUGUCAACUCUGGAUGAAUUACUACCAAAGCUCAGUGAAGCGAAGGUGUUCAGCACAUAUGAAUGCUAAGGAUGGAUUCUAUCAGGUUGGAUUAGAUGAGCAGAGCAGUCUGAAGACCACAUUCUGGACACCAUUUGGUCGCUACAAGUAACUGAGGUUACCUUUUGGAAUCAAUUUAGCUUCAGAAGGGUUUGAGCAUAAACUGCAUGAGAAGCUGGAUGGUCUUCCUGCAUGGUGUAGCAGUGAUAAGGGAUGAUAUAUUGGUGAUGGGCUUUGGAGAAAAUGAAGAUGAAGCCAAGAGAAAUUAUGACGAAAACUUAACCCGCCUACUUGAGCAGGCUCGCAAAGCCAACCUAUGCUUAAACAGCAGCAAGAUGAAUCUUCGUAAGACUAAAGUCAAAUUCAUGGGUCACCUAAUUACGAAAGAUGGUCUAAAGCCCGAGCCGGAAAAGAUCAAAGCUGUUCAGGAAAUGCCAAGGCCCACGUCUAAGAAUAAGCUGCUAGGGUUGCUGGGAUUUGUAAACUAUUUAUGUAAGUUUCUCCCGAAGCUGUCAGAAGAUGUCCAGCCACUGAGAGAAAUGACCGCGAAAGAAGCAAAGUUCAUCUAGUCACAGCAACAUGAGACAGCAUUCAAGGAAGUACGAGAGCUUGUAGUCAAACCUUCUGUGCUCAAAUAUUAUGAUGUACAAGAACCAGUGGUGGUGCAGUGUGAUGCCAGUGAAAAUGGGUUAGGAGCAGCUCUUCUGCAAAACGGCCAAGCCGUUGCUUUCGCCUCACGAUCUUUAUCACAGACUGAAAGAUAGUACGCCCAGAUAGAGAAGUGUUUGGCUAUUGUCUUCUCCUGUGAAAGAUUUUAUAAUCAGUACCUUGCUGGUCGUGAGAAAAUUACAGUUGAAACUGACCACAAGCCAUUGCAGAGCAUCUUUCGAAAGUCCAUUUUUUCUGCUCCAUGUUACCUGCAUUAUACUACUAACGCUGUAACUCCUCAAUCUUCAUGUUAACUAUAAGCCUGGCACUCAGAUGUUUAUUGCCGAUCGCCUAUCCAGAGCCUAUAUAAAUAUAUAAAUAAAUCAAGCCUUUAUUUAAAGAGGGUAGCACUUAAUAGCCAAGGCUAAUAAACUUGUGGCCCUCAUAAAAUACACAACUAUUUACAAUCUAAUAAAUAUUUUAAGCUAAAAUAUAUAAACAAUUAAAAUAAAACAGAUUCGAUUUUUAUAAAAAAUAAAAAAAAUUAUUAAAUGAUAAAAUGAUGCAAACAUUGUUGUUCCUUAAAAAUCUUGGCAAACAUGUUCUUUUUAAAACAUGCUACAGAAUCUAGUUUCCUAAUUUCAAUUGGUGUACCAUUCCACAGUCUUGUUGCCAAAGCGUCCACCCUCUGUUUCUCUUCUAUAUUUAGCACAAACAGCAUUAAUGCUUGAAUAUCUAGUGUUGCGGGAGUGCCGCUUAUUAUUCAAAAUUAAGUGUUCAUUUAGAUAAUUCGGCAAAUACCCAUUAAUUCGCUUAUACAUUAUUAUGCAUUUAUCUAUCUUAUGUUGCUCAUAAAACGGAAUCCAACCUACAAUCGGCGACAAAAUUGUUGAGACAUUGUACUUAAAUAGGGUGACUUCGGAGAACAAACGAAUCCACACCCUCCCCUGUCCCCUCCAUUCAAAGUUGGGGUGUUUGUUGUUUUCUAUAGGUAGCUAGAACAAGGGCACAACAUUGUGCGGAGGGGAUGGGGGAGGAAAGCUAUAUUUCCUCCUUUUGAGGUUCAUAAAACGUAAAAAAGCCUAAUUUUGGGCGAAGUGUCUCAACUCAUUUUGUCGCCGAUUGUAGCUUGUUAAACAAAGCAACUGAUGGUGUCAUGCGAUCGGCAUAAGAAAUAACGCGUGUCGCACGUUUUUGCAAUCUUAAGACCCUAUAAACCGACUCUUUAUCACAAUUUGUCCAAACAACGUUAGCGUAAGACAUAACAGGGCGAAUAAUGCUAUUAUAAAACUGAAAUCGCUGUUUAAGAGGUAGACAGGCUCGAAUCUUACGCAGUAUUGCGAUUCUAGAGGCCAACAUUUUACAUACUUUCUCAAUAUGUUCAUCAAAUGACAAUUUGCUGUCAAUUUCUACGCCUAAUAAGGUAGCACAAUCCACAUUACUGAGCUGUUUUCCGUUUACGAAAACAUCUAUGUCACUUCCAUUUAUGUUAGCCACACAUCUUUUCCCAGUGAUCACUGAAAGCUACAGUGAAGACUCAAGUAUUUGCCGUUGAGCUCGAGACACUCAACUCUUUCGACUCCAUUAAAAUAACCCCUGAGAGGUUAACACAGAUGCAAAAAGCCACAGCCCAAGACUUAGCCUUAGAAACCCUUAAGACAACAGUAGUUACCGGCUGGCCUGAGAGGAAAGUACAACUGCCAAUACAAGUGAGAGGUUUUUGGAAUUACAGAGAAGGGAUUUCUCCCCCCAAUGGGUUUUUGUUCAAAACCCAAAAAGUGAUAGUCCCUAAAGCCACGAGACCUGAGAUACUUUCCAGGAUCCAUUCAAGUCACCAAAGCCCUUGUUGAGAGAUGUUCAGUAUGUACCGAAUUAAAAAACCAAUAAUGCGAGUCAGCCAAUGUAGUCUCACUAAAUUCCUGACAGUCGUUGGAGUAAAGUAGCUACAGAUUUCUUCUCAUUAGUGAAAGCACCAAGAACUACAUCACAGUUGUAGACUAUUUCUCAGAUUUAAUUGAAGUUAGUGAACUGCAGAACACUACUUCCACUUCAGUCAACAGGCCCUAAAAGAGCAUUUUAGCAGACAUGGUAUCCAAGAUACUGUGGUUUCAGACAAUAAAUCCCAGUUCAGCAGCCACGAAUUUCAUGAGUUUUCACUCUCCUGGGAAUUUAAUCAUGACACAUCUUCACGUCACUAUCCAAAGAGUAAUGUUAAAGUGGAAUUGUCUGUAAAGAUUGUCAAGCAGCUUUUCAAGAAAGCAGAUCGAGCGUGACAAGAAAGAUCCCUAGCUAGCCUUACUCAACUAUCGUAACACCUCCGCAGAAGGUGUAAGUGAAAGCCGCGCUCAGAGGCUUAUGUCAAGGAGGACUCGUACCUUCUUGCCUACCACCGCAAGUCUGCUGCGUCCUACAGUAAAUCACAGCUCUGUUGAUAGUCUUCAACUGAAAAGACAAAAGGCCACCUUCUACCAUGUCAGACACAUCUUGGAGUUGCCAGAGCUGGAAAUUGGACCGAAAGUCGCACCCCUUCGUAAGAAUCAAACAUGGAAGCAAGGAACCUGCACUGAGAAGCUUUCAGACAGAUCAUACGUAGUUCAGUUGGGUGGCAUGAAAUUAAGAAGAAACAGGAAGUUUCUGAAACCUGCAAGGGAACCGUCAGUAUAAGUAAAGCCAGAUUCCAACCUUGACAAUGAUGUACAUAGAGAACCUGUGCGGUGCUGUUCCUGAGGAGACAAAGGUUUCAGUACCUUGUAUCCAGAGAAGGACCCGCAGCAUUCGUCCGCCAGUAAGAUUCAAGGAUUUUGACAUGGAACGUUGAGCUUGUUAGAACUUUGAACAUUUUAGGGUUUUCACUUUUGUUUUUUUUUCCUGGAAGUUAAGAGAGGACAGAACUUCUUUAUAGAUAGUUUAACACCGUGUCACUAGCCAUGUGUUGUGAUUUUAAAUUUAGUAAAACCUCGUUUACAUUACUUUUGUUAAGAAAGGGGAACUGUUACGUAUAUAGUUGUUCUUACCAUAUUUCGGUAUUGUACGUUUGCAUAAACUAGGAUGCAUCUUACAUGAAGUAGGCAUUAACAGCAUGGCAUCAGGAUACGUUUGCGUUUCGUGUUAACCGAGUAAAUACCGGGUGUGUUCCUUUCGGCGAAUCCAAAAACGGAUUUUUGAUCCUAGAUUUGCCAGAUUUCGCGGUCGAAAGGAACGUGAAAUCCGAAAUUGGAUUUGUAACCUUGGUAACCUUUCCCCAACGCGUGCGAUAUGCACGACAGCCUCUCAAAAAAUUACGUGUUUUCUACUGUUUGACAAAUUAUGCGAUUAUACCGUGCAGAAUUUAGUGGUCGGCAGUUCGAAUAGCGACGAUGGAACAUAUAAAACAGACAAAGAAAGAAGCCCAUUAAAAUUAAAAAUUAUCUAAAGAAUGUCGGCCAGUUUGAUCCAGUUCCAUAUCUCGGAUUUUUUUAUGUAACACGAUCGAGUGCCUGUCGCGUCUACAAGCGAGUUUGUAGUUAGAUAGCAGUCCAUUUGUUACUUUUACUUAUUUCUGAUUUCAAGCAAUCUUUAGAGACAAAUGGUUAGUAUAUGGAUAUUUUAAUGUACCAGGAACAAUCUUCUAAUGUUUUCAGAUGUUUUGCGGCAAAUGACAGCAACGAGGAAACUCUACGGCCUCAAAGGGAAUACUUCAACUAGAAAUACCGCUGAUACCGCUGACUAAUUUCGGAUCCACUGUGAAUGGAACAGCGUAGAUCACCAAUCCGUUAAUCUGGAUUUGGAUUUUUCGGAUUUCAAAUCCAAUGAAUCCUUUUUCAAAAAGGAUUCACCAGAUCAAAAAUCCGGAUUUGGAUUUGCCGAAAGGAACGCGAAAUCCGUUCUUAGAUCUAAAAUCCGUUUUCGGAUUCACCGAAAGGAACACACCCACUAUUUACAGACAAAACAUCAAGUCGACUGGGAGUCUGCGACAUGUAUUACAUAUUCAACAAACUACUAUCAACUACUCAUGUUAGAAAGUUGGUUUUACUAACUUAGAAGAAACGCCACUGAAUUGUGGUCAACAGUUACCGGCACCGUACGAACAACUUAUUGAUGGACUCAAGCAAAACUAAAUACGGGAGAACGACUGGACAACUGUGAAUUUGACUAACAAUUAACGACCGUUUAACUGUGACAAUGGUCGGAUCAAAACGCACCAAUGACAUUACAACUCUUCAUAGCCAAUGACAUCAUGGCUUAACUGACAGACGACCAAUAACGCCUUAACUUAAUUGACCAAUCAGAUCAAUAACCAGAGUUUAAUACCAUCAACUGACAUGAUCCAAAUCACUUUGACUCCGAAGAUGAGUACCGCACAGGUUGUUGAAACGUCAGUCACUAUCAAGAACAGUCCUAUUCAGGACUACGUUCACCGGACGAUCAUACUCAACCUACUCAUGAAAGAUGUAAAUAACCAGCUACCCCUUAAUUUGUUCUUCCUUUUAAGACUUUGUUCUUCCACAAUAGCAACAGAAAUACGUGUCACGUUCUGUCGAUCACGAAGGAAGAUCACUUCAAGACGCAAUCGGCCAUGCUGUUACUAACUGUCAUUCUCUUUUCUCAACGUGGCAAAAAAAAGAUUUUUAACUCUAAAACCCACGCUAUAGAUAGCUAGCCCUUGAAAAAAACUGUUUGGUCACUUUUUUGUCACCUAACUGAAAGAAAUUUUUUGCAGUUUGAAAAGCCUUGGGAAAAGUAGCAUUAGUAAAAUAUGAAAGUCAGGAAAAUCUUCACAGUAGAAUGAACAACCUAAGUGGUUGAAGAAGAGCUGAACAAAUUUGGGCUUGACCAGGAAUCAAACUCUGACCUUUGCGAUGAGCAGGAUACAACGAUGUAUCCAUUGAGCAAAUCAAGCCAUCUGGAGAGCAAGCCAUUGUGCGUUGUUAAUAUACCCAAUGGUGGAAUUGAAAUAAAUUAAAAUGAUUAUAGUUAUGAAAUGAAUCAUAUUUGAACGUCGGAUAGAGAUUAGAAAGUGAACAUGAUCUUCACGGUAGAAUGAACAACCUAAGCGGUUGAAGGACAACCUAAAAAAAAUCGGGCAUGACCAGGAAUUAAACCUUGACCUUUGUGAUGACUGGAUGCAGCACUCUAUCCAUUGAGCUCAUUAAGCCAACUGGAGAGCAAGCCAUUGUGUGAGUUCAUAAUAUACUAAUAUACUGUUAUUAUCUCGUAUCUAUUUUUGUGUUUCAGGCUUAACUUAACAAGAGUCUUAGCCUUUGGAAUGUGUUCUUCUGCUGUUAUGGUAAAUUACUGAUAAUUAUACACAGCAGAUUUUAUUUAUUAAUUUAUUUUAUUCUUUUUACUUUUAUUUUUUCUCUAUCUCCUCAUUCAAACCUUCCUUACUCAAAAUUCCUUAUGUAGGAUCUUUUAUUUGUUUACAUGUUGUACUGUAGGUAAAGUCUAUUCUUAGGUGAAACCAAUAGUCAACCUGCCUUUUAGGGUUAGCUUUCGGCUGGAAAAAAGGUUCUAACCCUGUUACCCAACAAUUAUUUAUUGUUUGAUGAUUCGUUUAACCUUAGAAUGGAUUUCACCAACACCUUAGAAUAAUACUUUUAUAUCAAAUGACCCAUCCCAUGUUGAAGGCAGAAAAAAUUAAAAAAUACUGAGAUCUUGCAACGUCGAUGUAACUGCGUUGUAUCAUUCAUACUUUAUCUGAAUGCUGUGUUCAACUUUUGUCAGGUAUUUAUGUUUGGAACUGUCAGCAAAUGGAUUGGAGUUUAUAACAUUUGGUAUUAUGGAGUGUUUAUGGCACUGAAUGGUAACUAAAUCCUCUCUUUAUUGUAUUGACUGUAAAAGUAACAUCAAUUUGAUUGUUCAGAUACAUCACUGAUUAUAGAAUAUGCUUUGAUUGUGUAAACAUUACUGUUCUCUUAGGGGAUUUUUCUGUGUGGGAGGUGUAUGUGUACUUUUAUUUUUUAAAUUUACAGCACAUUUAAGAUAAGAAUAAUCUGCAUUUUAUAUUAAUUUCAGGUUUGUUUCAAUCUACUGGUUGGCCUUGUGUAGUGGCAGUCAUGGGAAACUGGUUUGGGAAAUCAAGGUAUUCUACAACUAGUCAGAGAUUUAAUAACAUGAAAAAUUGAUAUUAUAAGUUUUACACACAGCUGUUAGGUACAUAAAGCCUUAACCUCCAUAACAGUUACGCCAGUCAACAGAGCAAGUAGAAACACCAGCACACGAUCCAAGAACAAAUACAAACAAACAAGAACAACGUCCAUGGAGCAAAGGUGUCUGGGUAAAGACAGAGCCUUCUUGUCUACAAUCGGCAACAAAAUUGUUGAGACAUUGUACUCAAAUAGUGUAACUACAGAGAACAAAAGAAUCCACACCCCUUCCCCCUACCCUUCAUUCAAAGUUGGGGUGUUUGUUGUUUUCUAUAGGUAGCAUCAACAGCGGCACAACAUUGCAUGGAGGGGAUGGGGAAGGAAAAGCUUUAUUUUCCCCUCUGGAAGUCAGUAAAGCGUCAGGAAGCCCAUUUAGGGCGAAGUGUUUCAACUAAUUUUGUCGCCGAUUGUAUGUGCGCACAGCUCACUAAGUGAUACAAUAAGUGAACAAAACAGAAUAAUGCCUAAGUUUGCAACUGUCUCUCUUCCUGUCUCUUAUAAGGCCAGGGUCUUGAUGGGGCAUACUGAUACAAUACAAAGUCCUUGAGGUAUCGUGGAGGGCGGCGAUCGGAUGUCGAUCGUGGGGCUGGACAAUCUGCGAGCCAUGGAAAAAAAAUAAAGUUUUGUGAAAUUGCAAAUACAUGAAAAAUGUUUUGUGCGUAGUUCCCUUUGGGGUUGUGAGGUUUUGCUGCUGGAAUAGUUGCAGAAUUAAGCAGUCUUGGUCGACUUUCAUUGAUUAGGGUUGACUAGGGUUAAGCACUCAUUUGACGGAUUAGGCUUAAGCGCCGUUUAGGGUUAAAUACUCAUUUACAACAGUUAGCUUUCAGUUAUUUUUUCGAUGCUACUGCUUUUUCGAUUUUUUGUAAUUUUUUUCGCAUGGGUCACUGGCUCGCCGUGUGUCCUAACUCGUCGACUGUUUUGGUUCGACGUCUUGGUCUGGCUGGUUGCAGGGAUUAAUUUCUUGUGUCCCCGCCCCAUGUGAGAAAUCUGAGAAGUAAAUAAUAUCCUCGUAGGUGACAGCAGAAGUACAAAUUAAUUCUAAAACAUAGUACUCUAUUUCAAUACUUGGGUUUUUUUGCAAACUAAUCAAAAUUCAAUCCCUAACUUGGAGUUAUCUACCAGUAGCUUGCUCGUGAUAAUGCAAGACUGUUCCGUUUUCGGAAAAACAAAUUGAAACUACCGUCGCAGAGCACUUCAAACAAUUAACCACAGACGAUCUGCCUUACUCGAGAAGGUCCACUUCAUUUUGCAAACUGCAGUCAAGGACUCAAAGAAAAAAGAAAAAGUUCCUCUAGUUGCUCUUCUGACCAUUUGGGAGUUAAACCAAAACGUCACAUAAAAAGUCACUUUUUGUUCUUUUAAAUUAACUUUAGUGCGAUCAUUUUAACGUGCUCACUCUGUCAAAUGUUGACAAACUUUCCUGGAUUUGAAUAUUUCCUAACCAUGAACCAUCUCCAAGUUCACAGAAGAGAGAGAAAAAAAAUUGUCAUUUUUAUUGUUAUAUUAAUUACUCUCUCCGUAAAACUUAUAGUCCUGCAAUAACGGCAAAAAAAUGGAGCAGAGUUCUUGUUUUGCUGAGGAAACUUAUUGUUUGUUUUUGAUAUUCUCAUUGCUGUCUUACCCAUGACUCCCUUCACUUACCACUUGAAAUGGAUAGCUUGCUCACAGGCUAUCACCAUUGUGACAUCCAGUAAACUUCCUUUCUUUCCUCUUAUUUCCUUUGUGUCUUCCCAUCAAACCUUACAGCUUGAAUCAUGUUUCUUGUGAGCUUUUUAGCAGACUCUAUGAGAGUGGCCACAAUUGUUUAACAAUGAUGCCUUCAAUUCACUUAUUCCACAUUUGCGCAGAUAAAUGUCUAUUCUUGUGUUUGGAAGGCUACGAAACCCCAGCGUGGUUCUAAAGAGAUAGGGGGAAUUUAGACGCUUCAGGCUGACAGGAAAACACAAAAGCUUGGUUUUCCAAUUGGUGUUUAAUACACUAAGGGUUCGUUUCUUUACUAAAAUCCGAGAUCGGAUCAAAAAUCCGGAUCAUUAGGAUUUUUUGUUAAGAACAGAAACGAUGAAUCCAAAAAAGGAUUGUUUUUCAUUCAUUUCCAUAGAAACGACCCACAAUAUCGACGGUAUCCUGGAGAGAGAAUAACACGGCUUCAGAUAAUGUUGCCAAUUUGCUGAUCUUUCCUUUUAUUCGGGACGGUUAGCUCAAGGAUACUGCUUUAGACGGGCCAAGUGAAGGUGUGUCUUGAAAUAAGAUAUCUGCUUGAAAAGUAAAACAUCGCAAGACGCGCCGGCGAAGUUGUGUUACAGUUUUGUCUCGAUUUGUCCCUGUGAACUAGUACAAUGCAGGUCCUGUUUGUAUUGGGAUUUUACCAUUCCUAUAAAAUCGAUCGUUCAAUCCAUGCCUCGAGUUCAAAAAUGGCCGUAAAGAUGAGCGGUGUUGUCAAACAGCUGCUGUAUGUGUUAAAAUUGUUUCGAGUUACCGCUGGCUGCAUUCACUCUUUUCGGAUCCGGAGAAAAGAAACGUUUCGGAUCAUGUAUCCAAAGUAUCCGGUUUUGGAUAUGAUCCGAAGAAUCCACCUCCGUUGUGGAUCGUUUGGAUCAAUAAUCCAUUUUUGGAUUUUAGUAAAGAAACGAAAUAUCCGUUUUCGGAUUAAAAAUCCGGAUUUGGAUUUUAGUAAAGAAACGCACCCUAAAUAUCAAAUUUUCAUGUCACAUGUUUUCCUUAUGUGACUUAUUAGAAGAUUAUUUGGUUAAAAUAUGUUUCUAGAGUGAGGGUGACUAUACCUGAGACAUGAAACAUUCAGACUCUCUGCUUGUCUAAAAAGCUCAGGUUAUCAUUGUUGAUAUUCUAUUUUUAGCCGAGGAAUUGUGUUUGGAUUGUGGAGUGCUAAUGCCUCUGUUGGAAAUAUUCUAGGAGCAUUGCAAGUAAGCUAUGUGUAGUAUGUUUUUCUAGUUAUUACCAUUUCCCUCUGCUGAAAAAUUUGUGCAUUCUUAGGUUUGCAAUAUUUUAGUAUCAUUCUCCCCUUAAUUCACAAAUUGUAAAGAAUAUUAAUGAAAGGAUAAAGCAGCUCCUUUAGAAUUCUUCCUCACAAAGUUUAACUUUAGUGUUAAGUACUUGGAGGACAGAUGGAAUACCAUGUUAAUCAAACCAAUCAGCCUCACGAGCUGCCCAAGAAAAAGUGAAAUAUUGUUCUGGACAACUGGGAAUCUGGAAAUUGCAAAAAUUAAUUGCCUGGCGAGAAACAGCAGCCUCUUCAGUCGUAAAUAAAGCCCCCCCUAAAAAUAAAUUAAGUGCCAUGAUUAUGGUAUGUUAGAAAAGAGACGUAGAAAUUUAGACUGCGUUUAGUACUUUGUGCAAGUACAGCGAGUACAUGUCUGCGGUACCCAGAAUUGGGCAGUGUGUCAUUUAGUGAUAGCCGUCUUUGAUUAUGUGGCUGCAGUUGCUUAGUAUGGGCAUAACUGAAUCAAAAUUGAGAUCAAAAUAUUGCCUCAAAAUGUUUUUGGAUAUGUGACUGAUAGCUUUUUAAUAAGAGAAGCUGCUUACAGCUUAUGUAAUAAUUGUUAUCAUAUUAAGUAAAUUUGUUUUUAUCUUGCCGAUCUCUCCUUUAGGUAGCUGCUGUUUUAGAUUAUGGGUAUGAGGUCAGUAAAGUGGACAAUCUCAUCUUUACUCCUACUAGUAGCUGCUUUAUUAAUGUUAACUGGUUUCCCCUUUUUGAUGGUAAGGGGGUGUUUUAAUUUGUACGAAAAGUAAGUUAAUGUUUGAUUCAACCCUUUCAUUCCUAACAUCAAAAUUCAAAUUCUCAUUAUUUCUUGAAACGUUUCCUCUAGAAGUAGUGGGGAGAAGAUGUUAAGGUCUCGGUAAAUGAAAAUUUUAGUACAUUGCUCGAUUUUGUUUUUUUUGGAUUUUUGGCAUGAGUGGGUCCUAAAUUUUAUUUUGGCAGAAAAAGAAAAUCAGAAAGUGCUUUUUAACCGUUCUAAAAUGAGCCUUUUCUGCGCUAACCAGCCAAGCGUGGACCUCGCGCUAAAUCUUUAGAGCUGAUUUUCUCUCACUCUAUUUUAGACGCAAAAAUCAAAAUUCUCCGACCUCCAGUCGGGACAGGUUUUAAGCUAUCGCUUUGAAACUUUCAGAUAUGAUGGAUAAUGAUAUAGACUCAAAAAGGGUGUGAGGAAUUUUCCGAUUUCCUUUUGUAACUCAUUUUAUGUCAGUUUCUUUGCGUAAAUCGCGCUCGAGAUUCGACUUUUUAGUUUGAAAUGCAAUAAUUCCGCUAAUACGAGACAUAUGCAAAUUUCCUCACACCCUUUUUUAGGUCUUUUAUCUGUCAAUCAGACGCAAUAAAAAGGAAGUGAAUAUUUAACAACGCGAAAGGGCUGGAGCUUCAGCAGUAAACUCGAUACCUCUGAGUUCGAGAGCAAAAAACUUAAGCGCCUUUUGAAAUUCGAUAAAAUAAAAUCUGUUAUAAGGUAAUUUAGUCUUGUAGCUUUAAUUUGAUAUAUAACUUGCCUUUGUAGCGAAAAUACUCGCGCGACUAGAAUUUUUUUCUGUGGGCACUUCGUUUUCCUUUACCGAGACCUUAAGGUAUCAAUAAGAUUCACCGUCUGUGAUCAUGUCCUUAAUCCCCAUGACCAACUAUGUUUUAUAAGGAUAAAUUUCAUGUUCAUCACUCUUGGCUGGGCUUCAAGGGUUAUGAGCCUACAGUAGCCCUAUGACAUUAAACCCACAAUAUCAGUAAAAGGUGUUGUAACCUCUCAUGAUCACCAUCCUGGUAUGGUUGGAAUUGCCAGUAAUAGUAUAAUUGUUGGUUCAGUGUCUCCAGCAGUCUUUUUCCAUUUUAUAAACCUUGUAAUCUGUGGUCAUUGAUUCGAUGAAGUGUCUGGAAACCAUGCACUUUCAUUAUCCACUUGACAAGAAUUUAAUUUUAUUCACCUUUCGAACAGCUGGGCCCUGAAAACUUUUCCCACUGUUAUGUAAGAAAAAAAGGAGCAAAAUGAAUGGGCCACAUGCUUAUAUUUACCCAGGCCACUGCUCCGGAUAUAACUUUUUAGCAGUCCCUCUAACCAUAAGGGAUAGCUGGUCUUGCUAUUAUACCAGCCGAGAUUCCGAGAGUUCUAGCCCAUUGCCCAUUUGUUUGUGAGCUACGUUUUAUGCCAAACAAUGAAAGAUCAGUAGUGUAUUUAAAUAGGCCUGUUCUGAUUUUCGGGUACUUACUGGCAAUUUUAUUGGGCAUGUGGAAAACCGGGAGACCGAACCCAGGAAAAAGAACAAGAAUAGGAUCAGGAACCAUAACUGGAAGAGGACAUAAUAUAUCUUAAUUCAAUCUUGAAAAGAAAAAAAAACAUAUUGUAGAAACUAAUUAUAAUUAUGUAUCAAUUACAUCCCCUGCUUUAAGGGGAUGUUAACUGAGACGAUUUGUUGCGACUAAUUUGUGGUAACAGUGUAGAUGUAGCAAUUCGAGAUAAUGUCGUAGCAUUGUUAUAACACUGUGUUGAACUGAAAAUCGUUGCAAAUCAACAUACAUAUGCAUGUUGUAAACCCCUCUCUCCUUCUCCUCAAUUAUGGGUACCAACCCCACCCCCGAGCCUUACGUAACAGUCGUUUCCGUUUUCUUUAAGCCAAGCUGGAGAAGCGGGGGAUACGUGCAAGGGCAGCAUAAAUAAGGGCAGUGAGGGGUAGGGAAGGGCGGGAAACGCCAGCCGCUAUUUAUCAGUGUAUAAGAGGCAACAAUUAAUUACGAUUAGACAAUUGUCUGUCAAUUAAGACCUGUGAAUAGGUUCCUCACAAAGUGAGGCUUUUUAAUUCCGUUAAAAUUUGCAUUACGUCUGGAACGUGCACAGAUCACCUUGAGAGGCAAAAACACUUAGUUGGCUAAAUUCUUUUUUAAUUCGUAUAAUAUACUCAGGUCUUCAAAAAUGAUGAUUUACAGCGCCAACUGGGCCCACAAAUAUAAACAUAGGUUGUAAUGGCCCUGUAAAUCAUCAUUUUUUGAUACGGUGAACCCUGUAUUAAGCGGACACCCUCGGGGAAUGCUGUGGUGUCCGCUUAAUACAGGGUGUCCGCCUAAUACAGGUUUCGAUAGAUAACGUCAUAUGACGUUUCAAAUGCCAUUCAAAUGAACAGUGGAAACGCUCAGAAUACUCCCCGAGAGACUAUGAUGAUAUACGUUUGCAUUAAUUUCUUUAUCAAAGUGGACCAAUUGAUUGUAGUACCAUAAACAUAGAUUGCAACUCAAAUUUGAAGAAUUCAGAUGAGUGAAACAAGCCCUAUACAAACAAAACGAAAUAGAAAACAAUACUGUACUGUGAAACUAAUCAAGUCACGUUUUUUAAUGUAAAAAUAAAAAAAAUUAUGGGUGGCAAUUCCAGGCAAUCUUUUGCAUUUCCGGUGUCUGGCAUGUUGGGUGGUGGAAUUUAAUUACAAUUGUCCGUUGAAUACAGAUUGGUAACAGUAGAAAUGACCAUGUCAGGUACUUUUUAGGUGUCCACGUCCGCUUAAUAGAGGUGUCCGCUUAAUAAAAGUUUCAUUUAAAGUAAAUAAGGGAAAUAAAUUUGGGGACUUCGGCUACUGUCCGCUUAAUAGAGGGUGUCCGCUUAAUACAGGUUUCACUGUAAUUAGAAAACAAAAGAGAAAAAGACAUUUUUUGGAGAUGCAAAAGUGUUACAAUAUUCUUUUAAUAUAUUGUUAAAACAGCUAUAAAUUUUUUUCAAACUUCACCAAAGCGGUAAAGACAACGGUCUAAACUAUACGGACAGUAGAGGAUUUUAACAGUCGAGAAUGAUUGUUGCUAGAUUUCGGAAAAACUCCCAAUUUGUAGAUUUCAUGUAACCGUUAUUCUGUUUCUCUGAAAGCGGCUUUGUCAACAAAACAUACUUUAGAUCUAUGUUCUUUCAAGCCAAAGUUAUGUCGCCAAUAAGGAGUAAACUGCAAACCUGACGGUAGCGUUUAAUGUCUACAGUUCUUGUGGCCUGUUUGACGGUCUGGUACCCUGCCUUAGGUGGGAAUGAGUUUGCCUGAGGUGCGGCACUGUAGUUGUGUAGCUUGCCACCCAGCAUGGCUGGUGGAGGGAAUGCGAAGCCUUCGAAGACUUCACGCACGGAAAUGCUGCACGCAACAGAAUCUUACAAGUCUGCAAUAAAGUUGCAUAUUUGGCUACUGGAUUCGAGGUUCUGCUUGCAAAGUCGGAAGAAAGAUUUUCAACCCCAGCAAUGUGGAACUAGCAGAAAACUCCCCUCCCUUGAGCUUCUCUUAGGCUUGGAGACAAGGCCUACUGUCCGUACGAACUUCGGUUGUAUGUGGAGACUGGAUGAUAUGUGGAGCAAAGUGGUUUAUUGCAGCAGCUAUAGCCAGGGCUUCAAUCUCGCAUGGUAGCAAGGUAACUUGAUGUUUGCGCAGUUGCAUUGAAGAACCCAGCCAAGAGUAAAGGUCGGUACACACUAGGCGACAAGUUGCAGCAACAUGUCGCGGCGACACGUUGCAGCGACAAAUCGCUUCGUGUGUACUGGAGAAUUUGUGUGAAAAUCUUUGUCGCUGCAACAGAAUUUGUCGCCGCAACAAGUCGCACAGAUUCAGUCUGAUUUGAUUUUUUGCGACUUGUUGCAGCGACAAAAUUCUGUUGCGGAGACAAAGAUUUUCACAAAAAUUCUCCAGUACACACGAAGCGAUUUGUCGCUGCGACGUGUCGCCUCACCUUGUUGCUGCAACUAGUCGCCCGACCUGUACACACGGAGUGAUCUGUCGCCGCGACGUGUUGCAGCAACUUGUCGCCUAGUGUGUACCGACCUUAAGGGGUCAUUCCCGUACGCGUAUAGUGUUGCUGCGAUGCCCUCUGUUCUUCACGAAGCCAUCAAAUCAAUCGCGAUCCACAAAGCAUGACUUGUUUGAGGAAUUUUGCUGCCCUCUAAGGCACAUUGGGCAGAGUUGAAAGCCAGGCCGGAGUAGUCCGUCAAACCACACGUGUCUUUCUCUUGAUUUAUUUCCGGCGUUGGCCUGGUUGAGAGGAUCCAACUCCUAAGUACCGAGGGAGGACGCAGCUGAGCACCUUGUAAGCUCCGACAAAGGAGCACAGGGCUUGAACAGUGAACUAGCCUGAAGGGUGCCAUUUGACCACACACAUCGCAACACGUGAAGGUUGCUACGGAGAAGAGAGAGAACGCGCCUAUAGUUGUGAAGAACAUCAGCAAGCAAUGAGGUGUUGAGGUAUUCACCUGCUCGGGUUUAGCAAACACACCAGUAGCAUCAAGCUCAUUGAAAUAGUCUUGCAGCUCCUUUAAAGGUGCUUCUGUUGUACUGUGGGCGUCUGCCUUUAAGGUGAGGAGGGAGUGUGGGACCAAUGUUCACGACAGCUUCAAUAAGGCCACUGGCACUAUUGUAUUUUGAAUGGCAGCGUUAAACACAUCGUCAAAUUCCAGGUAUAGGGCUCUGAACUUGUGUCUUUUUGGAACCAUGAAGGGAUUACCCGCUAAAAUAUCAACAUCGAGUUAGCGAACAACCAGGGCGUCUAGCUCGAAUGUUCGAUUUCCAUGGGUGAGAAUACAGUGCACCUCACCAAUCACUCUGAUGGGCAGGGGAGAUAGGAAACCCAUACAGCAGUGCGGCCGAGGCAGGAGCCAUAUUAGAUAUGGCACCAGUAUCGCGAGUGAGCUGCACAGGGUGCUCAUGUAAAAGGUGUUUGAGUACAGGAGAUGGGUUGAUGUUUACACGAAAGGUAUUAGGCUGACUCUAGUGUAUAGGAUGCUCGCGUGCGAAUGAAUGUCUGUGAUAUAAUAUACUCGAGACCUACUGAAUUUUCAUGUAUAUAUAGAGCGUGUGUAUUAAUUUAUUCUAUCAGUUUUAGUUUAGUAUGACAGUGUAACGGACGGGAAUAAACUGUGUUUUAUCCUCACCGCGGUCUGCUACAUUGGCGACGAGGAUUUCGAGGAUUUCAAGAGUUUCGUCAAAAAUUUCGCGAUGCCGGGGAACGGUGGAUCAGGCAAAACUGACGCGACAAGCGGUGAUAUUUGCGGUUCUGGAAUGACUUCGAUUAUUUAGAUGUCAGUGGAUUGGAACCAGUUACUCCUUAGGGAGAAACAAACAAUUCGACGGCAAAAGAUGUUUCGAACGACGCGCAAAAGCGAGCUCUACUGUUGCAUGUUCUUGGCAUGUACGUUUAAGAACUUUAUUUCACAUUAGCCGUUGAUGGUUAGGAUACGAGUUUUGAAACAACGCUUCAGGUGCUUCACGAUUAUUUUGUUCCCAGGGAAUGUUCGAAACUGUAGUGCUUACGUAUGGUAUGGCCGGUAUGGUAACUUUAUUUAUACACGGUAUUUACUUCAGGUUCAUUUACGUUCAAGUAUAGAAAACUAACUACCUAACUAAACUUAACUAGAAUCUAAGAUAAAAACUGAAGUAAUAAAGAUGAAAAGAAAACACCUGCUUUUCAAGGAGGCCGUGUGUAAAAAUAACGUAUCGCUAAUUUAAUUUUCCCUUAAAUACAUUAGGGGAUGACAAUUGCCGAACUUCCAGAGGCAAGCUGUUCCAUAACACGCUUCCGCUAUGAGAAAGACUCCUUUUAUAAAAUUCAGUGCGGGGUUGUGGAACAGCGAGCUUGUAUUCAUUCUAUCUAAGGUUAGAACUAGUUAAAUCGCAGCGACGAACAAAACGCGAAGUGAGAUACUCUGGAGCUGUGUUAGUUACAAUGCUAUGCAUCAUUAUUGCUUUACUAACUACGCGCUGAUGGACAAAUUUCUACCACUUUAAAUUCUGAAACAAUUCACUAGUACUGCAGUCAUAAUUAGAGAAAGUUAGAACUCGAGCGGCGCGAUUCUGCAAGUGCGGCAAUUUACAAGAUAGGUUCUUAGAACAGUUUCCCCAUACUACAUUACAGUAAUCAAAGUGUGGCUGUACCAGUGAAUUGUAUACGUUAAGUAGAAUCUGAAAAUGGAGAGUAUACCUAAUACGCCUAAUCGCACUUAUACCAGAAACCAUCUUCUUAGAGAUUUCAUUAAUAUGACACUCCCUAAAAAGAUUUCCAUCGAUGUGAACACCUAGGGAUUUUGAAGUCGUUUAACGGAAACAUGGUUUGUUUAAUCGGAAAGAUAGGUGGUUAAUUGGUGGGGGGAUUCCUUUCUCUCAUUUUAAUGUGAUCAGCAUGUUUGGUAACCUUGAUGUCUUAAUGUUUGUCUAGCGUUGACAGUCCAGUUAAUAAAAAUUCUGUCUUAGUGGUGUUUAGUGUAAGUUUGUUCGCUGCAAGCCAUAUACGAAUUCUAUCUAAAUCUAUGUUAACACAACACUCUAUUUCUUCAACAUUAUUACUCGCAUAAGUGAUACUAGUGUCGUCAGCAUACAUUCUUGGUUGUGAAUGCAUGAAACAAUUCUCACGCGUAAACGGAGCUGAACGGUUGAUUGAUGAAAAACCUAACCUAAAGCGGUGUAGUCUAUUUCCUUUUUCUCAGUAGAGAAGUGGUGAUUAAUUUCUUGCAACUGGCCAAAUUGCAGAGUUUCCUUUCCUUUUUUACCAUUUUUACCAUUUUUUUUUCGAAAGAUUGGCUAGCGCGACCCCCGACACUGUCAUUCCUGGCAUGUUGGAAGGCUUAGGCUAAGUUGGGGGAAACUUGCUACUUUGAUUUUCGUUCAGUUUAAACAAACACUCGAAACCUUUCUUGGGCGGUUAAGAUUUCUGGCGUUUUCUUUCAAGUUUUCUUUGUUUGUUGCUGUAAGUUUUCGAUUAUAAUGAUUGGUUAUUAUAUGACAGCUAACGUCCCGUCGGAUCGAAACGGUUUUGUGCCAUUCUGGAAAAAUGUCUCUGGUCAGCAGCAAGCGUUUCCUUUCCUUCCCUGCCAUCCGCUAAACCCUCCGUCUACCCUGUAACCUUGAAUUUUUGUCAUCCCUUCUUGACUGCUGUCUGCGACCUUGAAAAUUUUUAAGACGUUACAUUUCACUGGCAUUUCCAUCUCAGCGGCAUGUUUUAUUUACAUAAUGCUAGGUCAGAUCAGUUUUGUUUACUGUAAACAUGAGUUAAGACUUUCUCAAGUGCCCCAUUUGUCUCACCAGUACCUGUCCCUCUCAUUCUGUAUAACCUAUAGCAUAUAAUUUAUCACAUUUCCUUCUUUCUAAAUCCAACAGUCGGGGCAGCUCUAUUUAUUUACUUUUGAGGUCGGUAAAAAGUUUCAUGAAUUUUGUAACCUUCUUAAAACACUAAUUAAAAGAAUGAGCUCUCCAAUCAUAGUUUCUUAUAAUUGUCAUUAAUACCUGGUACUGUGCAUAUAUUUUCUUAUUGCAGUAUGCCAUGCUUGUACCUGCUGGGGUGUUAUUUGCAUUUGGUAUUCUGGUAUUCUUUUGUUUAAUUCCCUCGCCUGAUCAAAUUGGUAAGUCCAUUGUGUUUAAAGGGCUAGGCUCAUUUGUUGACUGCACACUAGAGCCUCCAAGUAUAAUGUAAGUGUACUUGGAACCUACUUUGAGUGUGAAGAGGUAGAAUGUACAACUUCAACUUCACUUAGUGAUCAUGGAAACUUUCGUAGUUCAAAGAAGCCGAAGUUGGCUCCCAAGUAUGGUCUGCGCCACACUUGAGAACACACUUGACCACACACACUGAAACUGAAAACUUUGUUCAGUGAAGACUACUAUUUAGACAGUUAUGUCCUGGCUACUUUUCAUCAAACAGCAAUAAUCUUUAAGUAAAAAAGAGAAUAAAGAACCCUACCUGAAAUGUGAACCCACAGCAAUUAUACGAGUCGGUAAAGAACAGCCAAGAACACCUUGGGAACUGAGGCCAAUGUAAUUUUGCGCGGGAAAUAUCAACCUUGUUUCCAGGCUACUUUCUCACUUUCUUAGAAGCCUGGGGACAAGGUAAUAUUGCAGAUGAUGUCAGGAUAUUUUCGGAGUUAUUCAAUUUACAGUCUGUAAACUGCGGUCAGCGUUUCUCAGUAUGCAGUCUGCCUGCAAAUGUCAUAUACCGUAUAAGGGAAGCUAUUAGGGACUUUAAGCAAGACUACGGAAGGGUCAAGUAUGGUGACUGGAAGUAUUUUUUCCCGCCACCAGUCAAUGCCUCAAGUCAGAGAUUUUAAGGAUACCCGGCUACGGUUGUGAAAACGUCGCUUAAAAAUGAAUUCCCGUUUUAUCAAGUUAAAGUCAUGCAGUAACCCCUAGUGGCAAAGCAAUUUUUUCAUGAAAAAGUGCGAUAUAUGGGCGAAAUUCAGGACUUGGUGAGAUUUUAUCCUUUAUCCUCUUUCCCGUCAACUGCAUUUUGUGUAUUUGGUUGUAUUUUUCACUUGGUGGAUGUCGUGCCUGACACCGGAUUCGGGGCUCAUAAUCAAAAAAUAAGCCUUCGCAAAUUUUUAGGGAUAACCGGAAAAAGGUUAAACAUAAUGCACAUAUCUUGCGAUUGGGUUUCGAAUAUACACUCUCGUUCAAAGCACGUAAAAUACUACAGAUACUUAACGUAUUUGACACUACCGCCCGCCACGAACUUCUACGUAUUCGGUAAGCGUACCCGCGUACUACGGCCAGUCACUAAGUUUAAUUAGCAUAUCAACAACUUUGCACGUUCUUUUUUCCCAUCGCUGUACGACCACGACGUGAAAAUGCCUAAUUUCACGUUUUAUUGAUGACAUAAACGAAGAGGAACAUUUUUCCUUUAUGAGUUCGCCUACCGAGACAAAGUAAGCGACUUGUAAUAAUCACGAAAAAGUUUUAAAAAAUGCCAAUUCACUUUUUAUUAAAAAGCGACGUUUUGACCGCUGUUGCCGUGUCAGUUGUCCCAAUCGUAAACGGUCGCUGCCAUUUUUUAAGUGUCUUCUUUAACUAAGAUAUCAAUAACAGGUGACUCAAGCCCAUAACCUUUGACGUAAAUUCAACUCGGGCUCCCACAUCGUUCUUUCUAAGACUAUUCGAAAACAUUUAUUUGCCUUAAUGUAAAUUAAUCCAGGGAAUAUUAUAACUUCGAUGUGACUCCAAGCUUGGUUAGUAAGGUGGCAUCGACAGUUAAAAAAAUGGUGACAACCGUUUACGAAAGGGAACUGAUAGGCGUCUCCGUCGUGGUGUCUUAAACGCGUGGCAGGAAAAAAUUAUUUUCGGUCAUCGUACUUGAAGUCCCUAAUUAUGUGACGGAAUUACACUGCCAACUGUUAAUGCGUUAAUGGGUGCGCUCUGUAGCGAAUUCAUGGUUUAAGAAAUUAUCUCAGAGGCUCGCAGUGUGACCUUCAAGUCUUAUGUUUUUUGGAAAGUUAUUACUUCGUUAAAAAGUAACUUAAUAAAUAUAUAUGUUGAUUUCCUAAAGUUGGGCCUGAGUUUGCAAGUAAUGGAGUGUAAAUGAGAACUCCCGCUUGUACUUCUCAUCCCAAAUAAUAUUUGAUGGUAUUUUACAGUCCGAGAAAACAAAGUGUAAAUUUUGAAUUUCUAAUUUUUUCAUAUAACCGUCUUGUUUGGGACACCAAUCAGACUCUCCAAAUCAUUUCAACAUUUCAAGGUUUCUUAGUUUUGGCAAGAGAGAAUGAGCUAGGUCAUUCUCUCUUGGUUAUAGGGUUCGGCAGGUGUGAUAUAAUGUUCAUGAUUUGAAGGAUAAUUGAUCUGAUAUCCAUUAGUUUUCUUACUAUAAACUAGAGUAAAAUAUUAGGGCAUUGAUUUGUAACAGAUUUCACGACUACUGUAGUUCAUUUUUAGUAAGAACCGUAAGAAUGUAUUAACGUCAGUUUAAUUGUUUAUAUUCGAACAGGAUUGCCAAUGCCUGAAGAAGAAAACCAGCCUUCACAAGCAAGCGACCAUGGUAGAAAAUUUGUGGUACUUUGUAGAGUCAACAAGACAUUUCUAAUUUUCCAUAUGACCAGGAGAAUUUAAGUAGCCUGCGGAGCUAGGGGAGGGAUGAAGGAAAGCGUAUACUUAGUGGAAGGCGAAGCUGCAAGAAGAAAUGGGGUAGAAACAAUGAGAAACAGUUUUUAUUGUUCUUGCAGCUUUGCAGCUCAUUUGUGUGCCCUUGGCAAGUGCCUUAAUGCCAUUCAGUUAAUGUUCACUAGACAAAAAUGCCACACAGGUUAGUUUUUUGGUGAUGUCUAUUGGGAUUUGCUAGCCAUUGGUGACAAUAUGGAAAUUUACCAAGGGUUAGAUAAGAAGUUAGUGACUGGUGAUGUGCAGAUGUCUGUUUGAGCACACAAGGCCUACGUUUGUCUUGAUUUCACCUCAAUGCGUGCAAUUUUUGUAUGUACUAGAAAUACGUUUUCGCAAAAAUCUCGCGAAGCUAAUAGGAGGGGUUAGCAGUAUACAAUUAACGGAAACAAGCCAAAGGGUAAGACUACGAUGAAAAAAAAAAAAUCAGCAAUUUGCCCCGCCGGGAUUUGAACCUGCACCCCGACUUCCUCCAUCGCCAAAUGGGCGGCCUUAUGGCACUGGACCAUGCGACUACUGCAGGGAUUACCACAGUAAAUUAAUAGUGUAGAAGUAUUUUUCUCUGCCAUUCACACCGUUUGAACCUUGUGGAGCUGUAUUUAUCUUGAAUUCAAAGAUACAUUUGAGGAAAAAUAGCUUAAACGAGUAUUUCAGAGCCAUUUCGCAUUCUUUCCGUGUAUAUUCACUUUCGGGCUUUACAACAGCCGUUCUUUCGGUGUCAAAUCUUUCACGGAAAGGAAUUCCAGCCACUUGUCGAGUCGGGCACUGUUGUGUUUGCAGCCCGCUGUUAUUUGCCUCAGAAAGACUGCGCGAUUCGCCAGGUAAUUUAGCCUGCGUGGCAAGCGCUUGAAAAUAGUGGGCGCAAGAAAGAACGGAUCCAAGCACCUGCUACGCAGUUACAGGUGAUUCGCAAAAGUACAAUAAACAGAGGAUGAAUAAAAUUAGCCAUAGUCGGUGGCUAACAAGUUGUGUUGCCUAGAAACCCGAAAUGCACGAUGACAUCAUAGAGCUUGUUUAUGGUUUGUUGCUAGGCAACUGCGGAUACCAAACCGAUAGAAAGAAAGAUUUAUGACCAAAGCGAAAUCGCACUCAACUUGCGAUCCUCGCGCGACAAAAUUAGGUUCACUUUCCAGUAUGGUUUGCGUCCUUCCAUUACGUUCACAAACUGGCCAAAAAUCAAGCUUACUUAUGUUGCAAUCUAACGUUAAGCCUUGACACGUACUUCAAAAAUGUAAAGUAUUGAAGUACGUGGUUUAGGUGUACGUGUUCAAGGUCUGUAACACAAACUAGUAUUUAACUGUAAAUUAUUCCUCAGUUUCAGUGUUGACUGACCACUCAGUAAUUGAGCAGGAGGCUUUUACUAACAUGGCUUCACAAGGCAAUACUUCAGUGAGUAUUUAACACAGUAAAAAUGACACAUAAAUUUGUAAUUUAUUCUCACUUCAUAUCUUUGUCGCAUCAUGGUAAACUAAGUUAUGGGAGGAAACCGUUACUGCCUUGGAAAAGAUGUGCAGCGUGGCUUGAUUAUGUGGCCACCGCCACAAGGGGAGGUUGGUGGGGCGAAAAGCGCUUCCUGCCAUCAAUCCCGUCAAACUGCGAGAUUUCGCGCCACGCUGCCCAAAUUUAUGAUCGUAAUCGACGCCGAUUGCCGAGAACUCUGGGAUUGGUAGAACACAGCCAUGUUUCGAGAGGAAUCCGUUCUCGUAGAACGAAGGCAUGUUUGCAAGACGCGCUCAUUAUAUAUGCAGUUGGAAAAGUGACCUAGAAUAAGAUUGUUUGUUUGUUAAAUAGGUGUCUUUAAUUGCCAAUAAAAAAAAUACAAUGAAAUGAAAGUAACGCCAACAGGUUUACAAACAAUAACUGUUUUGAGAAUAAUAUUUAGCAAUUAUUUAAUGAGGCUGAGUAGGAUAUGAAGAAUUCUGCAGAUCGAGGAGGGUGUUAUCCACCGAGGCCGAAGGCGGAGGUGGAUAACACCCUCCGAGAUCUGCAGAAUUCUUCAUAUCCUGCGAUAGCCGAAUUCAAUAAUUGCUUUAUUAUUCAUUCAAAAUAAUUCCAACUUUAAAAACAAGCUAAAAAUGCUUACCUCGGUCGAUGUUAAGUUCACAUCGAUAGUGCAUCUUUUUCGGGAAAUUUAGCAGAUAAAGGUCUGCUCAGGUCUGCAAAUAUACUCCAAAUAGCGGAUGUUGUCCGUCGAGUUGACUUCUCGCUGUUUUUGCUAUGUUUUUAGACGAUAUUUUGUCGUGAAACGAGUACAAUGUCCGCCAGACAGUUCCGCCAUUUUGUUCAAACAACCAAAACAACUCAACCUCGUCCCCAGGUUUCCUCGGUCAACGGUUCAAUAUGACGGUUGAAUAUGACAGUUCAGCCGCUGGUUAUGGUGAAUUAUGCGUGUGGUUUUACCCAAGUAGAAACGGGGAAUUAUUUUGAAUAAAUAGUAAUGAUUUUUAAUAAUACUUUUAACAUGGUUCGUUGUUGUUAGAGGUUGAAAAACACCGUUUUUCUCAGCUAGUGUGAAACUGAUGUAAUGUUCAAAACACGAACAGCAGUGCUUUUUGACCAGCGAUAAAGCACGUGCUGUGAGUGCUUUUACGUUCAGUGUACGUUACGCUGGGCGAAUUCAAUGCUGGCCACGCUAUGGUUGGUUUUGGCUACGAUGUAAAGUCAUUUCCUGGCAGGAACGAUUGCUUUAAAAGAUCACGUUAUGUCGCAACCGACAAUGGCACCGCUUCUUUGAAUUAAUAAAGUUUGUAAAGCUGACCUAGUAGAGCCUGUUCGCUUCGAGUCUCAUGUUGCUGGCUGGAGACGUAUGUCCACAACCUGCCUUGCAGUUGGAUUUCUUAACACUGCAAAAGUGUCUAUUAAGGCCAACGGAUUUGUAAAUGGGCAUCUUUCGGGGGAAAUUGGACCAACUGAAGCACAUUACAAACAAUGCACAAACUUUUGACAUCUUGACUCUCGCAGAAACCUGGCUGAACGAGAAUAUUCAUGAUCAAGAGGUACAUAUCCCUGGCUUUCGGUCUUUUUGACGGAUCAAAUGGGAAGAAUCCGCGGUCGUGUUACCUUUUUCUACCGGGAAGGUUUGAUAUGUACCAUACAUGUAGGUGAUGACCUAAACUAUGGAAAUGAAUCCCUCUCGUUACAAGUAAACCGUCUGAGAUGUAGACCACGUAUUAUUGGGUGCGUCUACAGACCUCCCAAUCAAUGUAUGGAUGAAUUCCUGGGUAAUAUGAAUUAUUCACUUUCACCAAUUCACCCGAAUGACGCCAAAGUGUUCCCGGCGAUUUUAAUGUUGAUUUCUCAUCUACCACCAGAAAUGCAAACUUUUCACUAAAACGUAAUUUCUGGAGACGUGCUGAACUUGACGAUCUCACUCAAAAAAUUCACUGACACGUAUCACUGAACAUACAUGUUAUUUACAAAUGCAACGCAAAAGGUGACUGAAAUUGGAGGCAUUGAUCCCGGUCUCAGUGGUCAUUCACUUAUUUACUGCGUGCUGAAAUCUGGAGUUCCUCGAGUCCCCCCUAAGACAGUUUGACAACAAACAAUCGUUCAUUACGGACAUUCAUGGCUUGUUGACAUUUGGAACAAGCUGUUUCUGCACGUUGCUAGUUCUCAUGUGCCUAUUAAGUCUCGAAAGGUUAGAGGAUCCCCGCAUUUCAAGAGAAAAAUGCAAAAAGUAACAAACGUGGCCAUCACUGGCUGUGAUGCACACCGAUGGGAAGGUACACAUGAGAUUAUCACUCGGCUCAAAUUUCCAGUUCUUGCCUCAAUUUAAAAUACUGUCUGGCUCCUUUACCGCUCCUCACAAGCAAAAUACAUCGUUGAUACUUGAGAAUUCACAAUUUUUGUGUUACCGCAUCAAACUACAAACUAGAACGCGAAACUUCAACGCGAAGCUGCCCGACUUUUCGACUGCAGGUUAUGUUUUCAUUAUACAUAUUUAUAGUGACAAACCUAACAGUAAAAUGAAAGCUAACCAUUUCGAGUCAGUGCCUAGCCCUAAUCACUAUGUUUAGUGCUUAACCCCAAUCACUAUAACGUUUUUCGCGAAGUUUUAAAGUGUCAUAACCUAAGAGCAUAGAAAUUAAGAGAUUACGUAUUCAACGUUAAAAGACCUAUUUCAAAAUAAACGUCAUAUCUAAGGCAGGGGCAGAUGUAUUGGGGACUAUUGCUAGUUAGUUUUGCGAUAGUGGUCUGCAAAUUUCCCAUUUUGACAGCUGUCAGUUGACCUUGAUUUGACUUGCGAAUAUAACUUAAAACUACUGACAGCCGAAUGGCAGCCUGCCUGGUAGGUAGGUAGGUACGUGGGUAGCAACUUUAUUUCAUGGGGGUAACACAUGACAGUAAACACUUAUGAACUAGUGGCCCUCAAUCGUAAUGAAAAUAUUUAGAACUAAUAAAAGUAGACACGACGAAUUAAAAUUUAAAAAUACCACCAGAUACAAUCCUAAAUUACGAUAUUAAAAGCUACUAAGAUAAACACAGCGAAUUUAAAAAUACUACAUGAUAAGAAGAAGUGAUCUGUACAUUAGAAUUUAAAAAUAUGAAAACAUAUAUACAUAUAAUAACUAGGCUAAAAAAUAUUUUUUAAGAGCAUUCUGUUGAUUGCCUGCGUGCAGACGUCUCCUAUUUCCAAAGGAAAUAGGAGACGUCUGCACGCAGGCAAUCUGUUGAAAGCGUAGUUUCAUUUUUGAGCUAUUUCAUAUGUCAGUGGUUUGAACGUAUGUAUCUUUGCAGCUUUGUGUCUUUGUGGUUUUGUGUGUUCGGAUUUCUGUUGCAGGAGCCAAUAAGGUUGAAGGUAGUAUGAGUUGAUGCUUAGGAACCAAUGAGAUUUUGGCAUCUAACAUUACAUUCUCUCGGCUUAAGGUCAAACAAGGGCAAUUUGAGACCGCCACGUUGAUUCUUCACAAUUUUUUCGUCUUUUAUUACGGCUAAAGGUGUUUAGAAGCAUAAUAUUGAAAUAUCUUUAUGAUUUAAACGCUGAAUACAGCGAUGGAGCUGUUUAAGGGUCCAUAUUUUAGUGUGGGUGCUGCUUCAAGACAUUUCUGACCUAAUUCGCCUAACGCGAACGGUACAACGCACGUAUUUCAUAAUGUAUGAGUUUAGUUUCACCUGCUUCAAGGUAGAGUGUAAAAGAUCAUAUAUUUUUCAAAGUUCCUCCAAUGAAAGAAUAAUUGAAAUUUAGAUAUGUAUGUGUAAUCAAAUCGUGACGAGUGAAAUUCACGAGUAUAGCAUUUGAUUACCUAUUAAUAUCAUGGGUGACGAAUUACGUUAGCUAUCUUGGAUUUUUGACAUGUUUAUCCUUGAUCGUAUCGAUCGAGAACUCCUGCGCUCUCUCGAACGUUUAGAGCUUAAAUUUGGCUUAAGUUCAGCGUUUUUCGACAAAAUACCUGUUAGAAUCCUUCUUGUAAUUUCAAAUUACAAAUUAACGCUGAAAUUUCGCGCCAAAAUUAAGGAGUAAUUCGUCACCUAUGAUAUUAGGACUUAAAUUCUGGAGUAUGCGACCUAUAAAUUGUGGUUUUAGAAGUUUGAAAGGCAAGGCGAGUGUUGUUAACCCUGUAAACAAGCUUUUUUCUCUCGGUUACAAAGUUCAACAGACCUUUUUUGUACCAGGAAAAAAAACGUGAAUUAGGUGAACAACGUGAAACAAGCUUGCUGCUUAAGAGUCAUUAUAGUUAUUGAAACGUCUUUUACUUUAGUAAAGAUGCGUAACUUUAGUAGAAACAGUAGCGUUACGGAAUAAAACUGGAAGAAGCUAGUUGACACUGGACUGCGAGCAGUCUCUUAUUUUUCUUUGCAAAGUUACUGCACGAGAAACCCAAGCACGCGAGCGGGGAAGCCGCGAGCCGCGAUAAACGAGGUCGUAAGCCCGAGAAGAAAAAAUAAGAGACUGCUGACUCUUUUGUUCUGUCUGGGGACAACGACGCUGUCAGGGUAAUUUAAUUACUCAAUUAAACCCGAUUAACUUGAAACGAUUUAUAAAUAGAACAUAAACAACUGAAAAAUUUUACUUUUUUUAAAUCCGGUAAGAUUGCCUUGAAUUCCUUUUCCUUGAGGAAAUUUACAGCAGUUUCCUUCUGUGAGAUAUUCUUUAACGUUUUAGUUAGUUGUGACGCGUGACUGUUUUUAUCGUUUACGUCUCCACCACAGACCAGUCAAUGAUCUGUCAACAGCUGUAAAACUGACCAAUGGGUUACUCCGUUUCUGAGCUGACGGAGAGUUUGUUUGCCACAAAAGAGUCCGCAGUCCGUCUUUUCUCGUCUGGUCCUAAUCCCUUGUUCUAACAUAACGUCGUGGUUUGCAAUUGCGCUGGCUGAGAUAAGAACUAGACGGAUUUUAAGAGUCUAAGUUGACACAAUAAUUAUAUAUUGUUUUAUUGAGUGGAGUAACAUAAUAUGAGUAGAAAUGUAUUUCGGCAGUUUGAUAAUUUUCUUGGAAGUUAAUAAAUGUUAGGCUAUCAACCAUGACGUUGCAUGAAGCAUAAUUUAAUUGCAGAUGUUGUAAUGAAGCCUAGGUUUUUUUUACGUACGAAUUGUAAAAGGGCCAAAUUCCAACAUCUUCACGUGCAAAUUGUGUGCAUGAGUUAUCUUUUCUGUUUACUCGAUUACUGUGUGAUAACUCGAAUUCCCUCACGUACGAACCACGAAAGGGGCAAAGUCCAACACUUUCGCGUGCAAACUGUGUGAUUCUACAUAUCCUUCUGGCUUUUCACAGUAAUGAUAGUAACUUUAACGUAUGAAGAUUCUUUAGUUUUGUAACCAGUGCUGAAGCAAAGGCUCUUUUCUUUUAAGAAGCAAUAACUUAAAACACUUUUAGAAUUAAGUCGUCAGAGUUAAAGACUGUUUCAUUAAAUUGGAAUCGCACGUGACAACCUCGUGAAUAAUGAUGAUGCAACCAUCUACAACAAUGAUGAAAAUCGUGACAUUUCUUAGCUAUUCGGUAUUCAACGACCUUUAUUAUUUUAAGAAACCAUCAGGAAACCCGAAACCUUUGAGUCUUCCCUCUAUUAAAGCAACGUUUUGGAAGUUGAUAUUCAUAGUACUUUAGCAAUUUGUUUAUUUUACACCAGAUGUCUGAAGGAAAGACAGAGAAGUGAAUCUAUAUUAUGAGGAUCGAACCAGCUAUGCGUAGCGGUCCUCAUUUUCAUUAAUGUGCAGCUAUACCCAAUUUCGCACAAAAGAUAACCUUAAUCUAGGUAUAAAAGAGUAGAUUGCCGAUACUGUUACACUGAAGCAUGCAAAAUAGCUCAUGCACGUAAAACGUGCCUCUGUUUAUGUUGGGAAGCGUGACAUAUUACGUAGGCUAACAUGUAGGGGCAAAACAACCGGUCUUUCAUCUGAGCCCGCGUGAUGGACAUGUGAUAUUUGUCAGCGGAUGCCUGAUUUUGACAGCUGUCAAUUCAUCUUCAUACGGAUUGCUUAAUAUAACUGACAGGCUGGUGUCAAUUUAUGCAAGAUCUACUGUAAUAUAUGACAUCGGCUUACAUGUAGUGGGUGUACGAGCGGCCAGGCGUACGCAACGUCAUCAAAUUUUCCUGCAUCCAUAGGUUUCCAAUUUCUCUUAUCAAUGGGACCCCUCCGCGCGCUAUAAAUCAAUUAAAAACCUUUUUGCUUCGGCGGAGCGCGAAGUAAAAGAUUCGCGACGCUCAGGAAUGUAUCAAAGUUGCAAUUUUUUGACAAGAUUGGGCAAGCAAAGUCUGUAGGUUUUCGGUUCUAUUCGGCUAUUUGACGAAGUGAGAGCCGAAUUAGUUCCAGAUAUCUCGAGAUCACUUCGAUUUCUUUGAUAUAUUCUUUAACUUUUUCGAGGAAGAAAGAAUUAUUAUUUUGGCUUUCCCGGGAUUUCAACUACUUCACGAAGUGAGACCAAACUACUUCGUGAUAUCUUGAGAUCACUUCGAGUUUAGUCUUUAAUUACUCGAGGAAUAAAUAGAGGAUAUUUCGUGGCCGCCGAGAGACACGAAAUUUCUCUUCGAGUGUUGAAAAACAUUUCACGAGUGAGCCCUCCUUUCGAACUGCUUUGUGAUGAAUUCAAAGUUACAAAAUGCUGCACAAAGACAUUUUGUCUUUGUUGAGUGUUACGUAGUAAAAUUGCUUUCAUGCGUGCUUGACUUUCUCGAACGUUCUCUACUUUUUGGGAUUAUUCAUGAAUAAUUAAUUAGGGCAUGUUUACAUUUCAGCGUGAGUCAGCAGAUUUGCAUCAGUUACUGAAAUCAUAAAAUAAGUCGAAAAGCUACUACUAUUCGCCCGUUUAGUAUUUUCUAGAACCUUAUGUCAAACGGUAUACAAGUUCCAAGCGAGGUCUUUUGACGAACUAAGUUUUUUUUCCCACGAGCUGGACUGCUGUGUUUAGUCAAGUGUGACAAAGGCCGAUUUUCAAGUUCUGUGUUUACAAGUUGACGGAAGCCGUAAGAUAUCUGAAGUUCAAGUGAGAGUUUGUUAUUUUUGGUAGAGGCUGUUUAGUUGUACUUAAGUUCAAGUCAAGUUUGUGUUGGCGGAUGCUGUGUUUUUAAGCUCUGAAAAGGCUAUGUUCCUUUGGUAUUAAACUUCCUUGUGUUAAUCCGACAUUCCUGCGUGCUGAUAGUCAGUGAAUAAUUCACAGGCAGCCCAAACUCACGUUACGAGGGAAGGGAGUAAUGUAAUUUACAUACCAUAGGUGACGCGCCGGUGUCGCGUUACAGGCGACCGUUGAAAAUAUAAGAGACUUUGUAUGAGAAAUAUGUUACUGAGAUCUGCGAACGCUAAAUACCGCUAAACCUUACUUUUUCUUAAAUGAAAUGAGUAAAAAAGACUUACCUGCAAUGUUACCUGUUGUCACCGUUGUCACUGUUGUCGCUGUUGUCACCGUUGCCACUGUUGUCACCGUUGUCACUGUUGUUGCUGUUGUCACCGUUGUCACCAUUGACGCUGUUGUCACUGUUGUCACUGUUGUUGCUGUUGUCACUCUUGUCACCGUUGUCGCUGUUGUCACCGUUGUCACUGUUCUCACCGUUGUCGCUGUUGUCAGUGUUGUCACUGUUGUCCCUGUUGUCACCGUUUUCACUGUUGUAACCGUUGUCACCGUUGUCACUGUUGUCACCGUUGUUGCUGUUGUCACCGUUGUCACGGUUGUCGCCAUUGUCACUGUUGUCACCGUUGUCGCCAUUGUCACUAUUGUCACCGUUGUCACUGUUGUUGCUGUUGUCACUGUUGUCACUGUUGUCUCCAUUGUCACCGUUGUCACUGUUAUCGCUGUUGUCACUGUUCACUGUCGUUGCCGUUGUCCCCGUUGUCACUGUUGUCGCUUUUGUCACCAUUGUCGCUGUUGUCACUGUUGUCACCGUUGUCGCUGUUGUCACUGUUGUCUCCAUUGUCACCGUUGUCACUGUUAUCGCUGUUGUCACUGUUCACUGUCGUUGCCGUUGUCCCCGUUGUCACUGUUGUCGCUUUUGUCACCGUUGUCGCUGUUGUCACUGUUGUCACCCUUCUCGCUGUUGUCACUGUUGUCACCGUUGUCACUAUUGUCGCUGUUGUCACUGUUGUCACCGUUGUCACUGUUGUCGCUGUUGUUGCUGUUGUCACUGUUGUUGCUGUUGUCACCGUUGUCACCAUUGUCGCUGUUGUCACUGUUGUCACUGUUGUUGCUGUUGUCACUCUUGUCACCGUUGUCGCUGUUGUCACUGUUGUCACCGUUGUCACUGUUCUCACCGUUGUCGCUGUUGUCAGUGUUGUCACUGUUGUCCCUGUUGUCACCGUUUUCACUGUUGUAACCGUUGUCACCGUUGUCACUGUUGUCACCGUUGUUGCUGUUGUCACCGUUGUCACGGUUGUCGCCAUUGUCACUGUUGUCACGGUUGUCGCCAUUGUCACUAUUGUCACCGUUGUCACUGUUGUUGCUGUUGUCACUGUUGGCACUGUUGUCUCCAUUGUCACCGUUGUCACUGUUAUCGCUGUUGUCACUGUUCACUGUCGUUGCCGUUGUCCCCAUUGUCACUGUUGUCGCUUUUGUCACCGUUGUCGCUGUUGUCACUGUUGUCACCGUUGUCGCUGUUGUCACUGUUGUCACCGUUGUCGCUGUUGUCACCGUUGUCGCUGUUGUCACCGUUGUCGCUGUUGUCACUGUUGUCACCGUUGUCACUGUUGUUGCUGUUGUCACCUUUGUCGCUGGUGUCACUGUUGUCACCGUUGUCCCUGUUGUCGCUGUUGUCAGUGUUAUCCUCGUUGUCGCUGUGGUCACUGUUGUCACCGUUGUCACCGUUGUCGCUGUUGUCACUGUUGUCACCGUUGUCACCCUUCUCGCUGUUGUCACUGUUGUCACCGUUGUCACUAUUGUCGCUGUUGUCACUGUUGUCGCUGUUGUCACUGUUGUCACUAUUGUCACUGUUGUCACCGUUGUCGCUGUUGUCACUGUUGUCAUCGUUGUCACUGUUGUCGCUGUUGUUGCUGUUGUCACUGUUGUUGCUGUUGUCACCGUUGUCACCAUUGUCGCUGUUGUCACCGUAGUCACUGUUGUUGCUGUUGUCACUCUUGUCACCGUUGUCGCUGUUGUCACUGUUGUAACCGUUGUCACUGUUCUCACUGUUGUCGCUGUUGUCAGUGUUGUCACUGUUGUCCCUGUUGUCACCGUUUUCACUGUUGUAACCGUUGUCACCGUUGUCACUGUUGUCACCGUUGUCACCGUUGUUGCUGUUGUCACUGUUGUCACCGUUGUCACGGUUGUCGCCAUUGUCACUGUUGUCACCGUUGUCGCCAUUGUCACUAUUGUCACCGUUGUCACUGUCGUUGCUGUUGUCACUGUUGUCACUGUUGUCUCCAUUGUCACCGUUGUCACUGUUAUCGCUGUUGUCACUGUUCACUGUCGUUGCCGUUGUCCCCGUUGUCACUGUUGUCGCUGUUGUGACUGUUGUCACCGUUGUCGCUGUUGUCACCAUUGUCGCUGUUUUCACCGUUGUCACCGUUGUCGCUGUUGUCACCGUUCUCACUGUUGUCACCGUUGUCACCGUUGUCACUGUUGUUGCUGUUGUCACUGUUGUCGCUGUUGUCACCGUUUUCACUGUUUUCACUGUUGUUGCUGUUGUCACCGUUCUCACCGUUGUCCGUUGUCACCGUUGUCGCUGUUGUCACCGUUCUCCCUGUUGUACCGUUGUCACUGUUGCCGCUGUUGUCUUUGUUGUCACUGUUGUCGCUGUUGUCACCGUUUUCACUGUUGUCACCAUUGUCACCGUUGUCACUGUUUUCGCUGUUGUCACUGUUGUCGCUGCUGUCACUGUUGUCAGUGUUGUCGCUGUUGUCACUGUUGUCGCUGUUGUCACCGUUGUGACCGUUGUUGCUGUUGUCACUGUUUUCACUGUUGUAACCGUUGACACUGUUGUCGCUGUUGUCACCGUUGUCGCUGUUGUCACUGUUGUCACCGUUGUCGUUGUUGUCACUGUUGUCACCGUAUCAUGGUUGUUGCCGUUGUCAAUGUUCUCGCCGUUGUCACCGUCGUCACCGUUGGCACUGUUGUCGCUGUUGUCGUCGUUGUCGCCGUUGUCACUGUUGUCACCGUUGUCACUAUUAUCACUGUUGUCACCGUUGUCGCUGUUGUCACCGUUGUCGCUGUUGUAACCGUUGUCACCGUUUUCACUGUUGUCGCUGUUGUCACCGUUGUCACCGUUGUCACUGUUGUCGCUGUUGUCACCAUUUUCACCGUUGUCGCUGUUGUCACUGUUGUCACUGUUGUUAUUGUUACUUCGGCGGAGUGCGAAGUAAAGGAUUCGCGACGCUCAGGAAUGUAUCAAAGUUGCAAUUUUUUGACAAUAUUGGGCAAACAAAGUCUGUAGGUUUUCGGUUCUAUUCGGCUAUUUGACGAAGUGAGAGCCGAAUUAGUUCCAGAUAUCUCGAGAUCACUUCGAUUUCUGUGAUAUAUUCUUUAACUUUUUCGAGGAAGAAAGAAUUAUUAUUUUGGGUUUCCCGGGGUUUGAAACGACUCGCCUGUGUGACCUGUCAGAUCAGAGGAGACUCUAAGUUGAGGGAUUAGCCGAUUGGGUUCUUGCGACCUAAGGUUUUUUUGGGAUAUGAAAAAUAGUUAUGAAAUGAUGCACUAGUUUCGGGACAAGAUUGAGCGUGCAAGUUCGUGACUUUUCGGCUUGUUUCAAUUAUUUCACGAAAUGAGACCGGACUACUUUGAUUGUCGUUUAUCAAACACCAAAAUGCAGUGGAAUACAUUGCAGGUAAGUCUUUUUUAUUCAUUUCAUUUAAGAAAAAGUAAGGUUUAGCGUUAUUUAGCAUUCGCAGAUCUCAGUAAUAUAUUUCUCAUACAGUCUCUUAUAUUUUCAAUGGUCGCCUGUAACGCGACACCGGCGCGUCACCUAUGGUAUGUAAAUUACAUUGCACCCUUCCUUCGUAACGUGAGUUUGGGCUGCCUGUGAAUAAUUAUCCUCAAAACAUUCGAACUCGUAACAGCCAAUUCCAUGCUCAAAGAAAUUGACUCCUUACCCAUGCCUCACAUAUCUUUAAUCAGUACAUGAGACUGCUAUGCUGUUUUUGAAGCCUGAUGUGACUAAGAAAAAUAGAGAGUUCUUUUUUCACUGUUUGUUUUGUUAGACUUGUUAUUCACGGCCAGUAACCUCAUAUUUGACUUAGGUCUAAACGUUUAGACCCAAGUCAAAUUUAGAAGGAUUUGUAUGGAGUCAUCUGAGCAUAACUGGGCUAACAUCUCAGAGACAAUUUGUCCCGAAAGGCUACUUUUUGGCAAGUAGGCCUCUUGGAUGUUGCUCUUUUCGGAAUAUCCUGACAAAUCCCAUAAUUUCACAAAUUAACACCUUAGUCUUACCAUAUCUCAUUUCUUACUAUUCCACCGCAUUUACAAUUAAUCAGUUCCACAACCACGACGCCGAAGUGUACGCUCCGUAGCGUCUUGUUUCGCAUGCUUUUCAAUAUAGUUUUAUUCAUAAUUUUCAUGACUAUAAUACCCGAUGUAGGAACAAUUUUAGGAAAGACGUAGUCAAAAGAAGGUGGGGCCUUUGGACCAGUAUUAACUUAGUUGCAAAUGAGUGGAAUUCCCUUGAUCUGUCACUUAGGGGAGCCGCUUAUUUACCCAGUUUUAAACGAAAUGUUUUCAAAGUGACUUUUGAAUUGCCUAUUUAUUAUUAGAUGUUUUGUAUCUCCUUCAUUACAUUUUUGUGUGCUAUUAAAUAUAUUUAUUGUUCAUUCAAAAUAUUUCCCCAAUUCUGAUUGGCUAAAAGCACACGCAUGAUUCACCAUAGCCAGUUACUGAUGACCAAAUUUGGAAGAAUUUUGUGUUUAACGAGGAAAUGACGUCCAAAAUGCAGCCUUCUACAGGUUAAUGCACCGUUAACCGAGAAGACCUGGGGACGAGGUUGAGUUGUUUUCGUUGUGAAAACUAGAAUGGCGGACACUUCACUCGUUUCAAUAGUAAGAACUACAGCUGGAACUAGGCGAAAUAAUGGCUAAAAACGUAACAAAGACAGCAAGAAGACAACUCGGAGGGCGACAUCUGCUAUUUGGAGAAUAUUUACGCAGCUGGACAAACGUAAACGUCCACUAUCGAAGAUAAACUUAACAUCGAUGCAGGUAAGCAUGUUUUAGCUAUGUUUUUAAGCUAGGAAUUAUUUUGAUUGAAUACUAAAACAAUUCAUGAUCUCGGAGGGUGUUAUCCACCUAGGCCUUCGGCCUCUGUGGAUAACACCCUCCUCGAUUUUUUUAAUUCUUCAUAUUCUACUCAUUGCUAAGUAAAUACAUUUGAAAACUGAGAUUUCAGUUUCCAAAUUCGUGUUUAUUUAAAUCUGAUUUUUUAACUUUCAUCAUGCAAAUUAUUAUUUUGUUAUUGGUUUUAGUCUUAGAGGACCCUUCUGUAAAUCACUAGUUUAAGUGAAGUUGAUAUCCUCAAUAAAUUGUUAAUUGUUUUCCAUAGUCAUCCUCAGUGACACUAAAUCGUUCAGUGAUGCCACAGCAUAAGAAAGCUGUUACUUUUUGCCAAGCUGUUUUCCUUCCCGGAGUCAUCCCUGUGAGUACAUUUUUGGUGAUGAUUGUAACCAAAUGUCGUUUUCGGCUAUUGUGUUACCACUCCUCUACGUGUUUAGCUACAUAUGUAGGAUCAUUUAUACAUUUAGGUAUCUUUUAGUUAUAAUCUAUUCAUUUAUUCAUUUAUUUAUUUAAUAUUUAUUUUAAGGCAGAAUAAUUUUACAUGGUCUGUAGGUCUGUAAUACUUGAUCAGUUAGUGUCAGUUUAAGGUUUGAUGUCCUGGGAAGAAUCACCUUCCUCCAGCAGUAAUUGCUUCUUUUUUUUUCUUCCAAUAGUAUUCACUCUCCUAUGCUUGCCUUAAACUAGUCAACUACUCUUUCUUUUUCUGGCUGCCUUUUUAUUUAUCAAACAGUAAGUGUUCUUUGUGAUUCUUCUCUUGUUUGGUUAUUGUUAUUGUAAAUCAAUUGGUAAUACCACGUUUGAGAGAAUGAAAUUCUGAGGUGAAGAGGAUUAAAGUAUGGGGUGGGUUUAGCACAGAUUCGCGCAAAAAUCUGACCAGAAAUUUUGUUUAGAGAAGUGUGUCCGGAGCACUUUUAAUUUUUCUCUCAUUGGCAGCAAGGAUAUAAAAUUAUGCAGUGUGAUCCACUUUUUUUGCAGCUGUUCAAAAGAACGUUCAGUGUCGUCUAGCUUGCGAAUUGGUGCAGUAAAAAAUACGUCUUCAUUGAAAGGCUGCCGUUAAGUGUCGACCACUUAAGAGUAAAAAGGAAGUGAAGGUUGUGUUUGGCCCUACCUGAGCAGAGUCCAGUUCUGCUCACCAGAACAGAAGUAAUAUGAGCUUAGUUCGCUGACAUGGCCAAUAUUAUAAUAACUACAAUCUUGGACAAAAUAGAAAGAAAAUUCAUUAUACCCCCUUCCCCCCAACAUCAAGGAUGGGAAAAUAAAGCGUUUUGGCUUUUGCGCUGCUUCAUCCUUGAUUAGGGAAGAUGGGGGUUUCAUUUUAUUCUGUCCAAGAUGGUACGUUGAACCAAGUAUUACUUUUGAAAUGGUCUUACAAGAGUGUAGUCCUCUGUUUUGCUAUAGCCUGCGUAGCAAGUGUUUCGGUGCUGUUUCGGAGUAAAGAAAGACCUACGAGCGAGAUUUUCGGUUUCGGCCGCGCGAAAAAUGGAACGAGACUCUCACUCCUCGGUCUUUCUUUGCUCCGAAACAGCAAGGAAACGCUUGCAACGCAGGCUAGUUUUGCUUCAAAACCGGUUACCGACUCCAGUUUACUUUCUGAGCAAAAUCAAUGUUUUCAGAGUUUGGCUGGAAGGACACUGUUGCUGAUAAGAUUUCAACAUUUUAUGACAUUGGAGGGAUUGUAGGUUAGUGAAGUCUAAAAUUAUUGAUUGUCGGAAAUUAAGUGUUUUUCUUGUAAAAUUGGAUGAUGAUUAAUUUUUUGGUCAGAAUGAAGGGAAAAGAGGAGGGACCAAAGAAAGUACGUAUUUGUGUUUUCAGCGGUCAUGAUGUACGACACACGUUAUCAUCUGGAAGAAAACGAAUAAGGAAGUGUUCUAGUCUUCUUGUUUUCAACAUUACAGUACAAGUGAACUCUUUUCAGUAAAGUUUCACUUUUUUGUAUGGACCAGGACAAAGCAAUAAUACAAAAUAUUGCAUCAAAACGUGUCAAUCAGAACCACGUCAGAAAGUGACCAGCUUCCUACUAAAUUGCCAUUGUUAUAAGGAAAGAUCAGAUUGUAUUUGUGAUUUUAAAAUUUUCCGAAUACCAGAUUGUUUCCUUAUGUCAAGUUCAUCUUCUCUUUCAGGUGGCAUAGCAGGCGGACUGAUCAGCGUUAGUGAUUACUCUUCAAACACAACCUAGUAAUCCCCGUCCUAUCUGAUUAGAAUAUCAGUUGUAGCAGUAGGCUGAGUUCAUCUUUUGUACUAAGUUAAUCUUAACUAUGACAAGAUUCUCGAAUCUGAUCGGCCAUCAGCUGUCCUGAUUUCAGCAUUAAUAGGACAGUACGCGUCAUGCGUAAGUAAUUGGACAGUGCGCGCUAUCAGGCGCGCGCACUUGAAUGUUUUUUUUUUCUUGACUUAGCUAGCAAAAAACUUGCUCUUCAGACUGUAGAAAAGUUUAGAAUAUAACAAAUUUAGCAACAGGACUUCGUGUCGUCCAAUUCUGUCUGUAAUCAUACUCGGUCGGCCUCCCACUACGCGGUCGUCUGUUAAUCAUUCGUAUGAUUACAGACCGAAUAGGCUAUUUUCACGGUGAAGUAAUAGACCAGUUUAUAUAUAUUAAAAUUCAUACUUGGCCCCAAGGCCUGGGGGAAUAAAACAAAAGAAAUGUAUUAUUUAUUAUUGAGCCUCAAGAUCAUUUCCUUUGUUUUAUUCCCCCAAGCCUCGCAGCCAAGUAUGAAUUUUCAUCUAUCGGAAUUGGUCUAUUUGACUAAAACUACUAGAAUGCAUUUCGUCGUUGCUUUCUUAUUCAAAUUGAUCAAUCCCGCAGAGGUUUACAAGAAAAAAAGAGGUGCACAAGAAAACAACAAACUGAAGGAUUCUGGUAUUUGUAUUAAAAUGACGCCAUCGUUCGUGCAACUGGCCUAUUGGACCCCACUCAGUCUAUUACCGUUAUAUACAGCGUAUUGAUGAAGGCAAUAAUACACUUUAUUACUUUUGUCGUUGUUUUUAUUUAAUUGUUGUAUGUCACUCUAUUUUUGUUUUGUAAUAUCUGGAAUGAUCGACGACGAAUUUAGUGUUAUUAGCUGAGGCCUUGACUGAUAAUAAAUCUUUCCGGUAACUUAGUUUUUCCUACGGAUAUCACUUAAAACGCUAUCCAAUAAUCGUUUGUUGUUGCUUACACGCUUUGAUUAUUCCAUUAUUUUUUCAGGAUUUGAUAGGAAAGCGCACUCCCUUAGUAGUAGCGAUGCUGAUGGUCUCAGUACCUAUGCUUUUCAUAUAUGGAAGUAAGGAAAACGUUCUUUGUAGAUUCACUUAAAAGUAAAAUGUCUAACAAUCUCGUUUGAUACUCAAUAAGUCUCGUACCCUAACUAGUUUUGGAGUUCACACAAUCACUACCAGAUAAAUAUUACACAGUCCAUUCAAUAUUUUGGUUCUGUAAGCACAAAGCUUGUUUUUCUCUCUAUUCUAUACCUGGUGUUUUUUUCUAAAUCAAUUUUUAUUUAAAUUUCUGUAACAUUCUUUCUUCUAUAAUGUAGCUUAAUAUUUUUCAGAUGCAGGUUUUUUUUGUGGUUUAUUAUUUACCCAUGUGCAUGUAGUUACUUUUACUGGUCUCCAUUCAUCUCAGGUACAAGUGGUAGUUACGUAUUAAAUGCUGCUCUCAUGUGUGUCACUGGUGAGUACUACGUUCGUACAAGUGAAGUUUUUUAAUGUUAUGAUGCCAGACAGACCCUUCGUCCAUCGCUUGUAGUAAGUGUAUAACAACAGUGGUGACGGUAAAUGUAUAGGCUGGGUACCCCGACCAUUUUUUAAUUCGUGGAUUACCCGUAGCGCAAGGAACGAGUUUUUGUGGGCACUGUCACUCAGGUGUGGGCACUUAUUUAGCAAUUAAUGAACGAGGCUGAGUAGGAUAUGAAGAAUUAUGCAGAUCGAGUUCGGCCCCGGUGGAUAAUACCCUUCGAUAUCUGCUUAAUUCUUUAUAGCCUACGAAAGCCGAAUUCAUUAAUUGCUUUAUAUUCAUUCAAAAUAAUUCCUAGUUUAAAAACAAGCUAAAACAUGCUUACGUUCGUCGAUGUUAAGUUAACCUCGAUAGUGCAUGUUUAGAAGAUAAGGGGCUGUUCUUGUCUGCAAAUAUACUCCAAAUAGCAGAUGUUGUCCGUCGAGUUGUCUUCUUGUUAUGUUUUGAGACAAUAGUUCGUCGUGAAACGAGUAAAAUAUUCCGCCGACUGGUCGGCCAUUUUUCUUUCCACAACCAAAACAACUCAACCUCGUACCCAGGUUUUCUCGGUUAACGGUGCGUUAACCUGCAACUGUGCUGCACUCUUCGGUUGAUUAAUCGCAAAAUUCUUCCAAAUUUGGUCAACGGUAACUAGUUAUGGUAAAUUAUGAGUGUGCUUUUAGCCAAUCAGAAGAGGAGAAAUAUUUUGAAUAAAUAAUAAUAGUAAUUGGUCGGCUCGCACGAAAGUGCCCGAUAUCAAAACGACAAUUGUCGCAGAUCGAUCGUUUCCAAACGUCCCCGCGAUAAAGAAGUACUGAGCGUGCAUUGUGCCCAGAGCUUUCGAUGUUAUGAUUUUGUAGCUUCCAUAGGACGAUAAGUUGUCUUCAUGUAGUCUUUGAAUCUUUCAAAUUAGCACUAUGGCCUACUUUGAGACAAACGUUUAUGAACUUUUGAAGCUUUUUGCCUCGUCCAGGCGAUAAACAUGAUGAAGAGAUCAGCAAUUGCUCUUCGACUCCCCAAGUGGUCCAAGCUCAAGAUUCUGUCGUGAGUCUCACGAUUUUUUAACUUUCUCACGGCCUUGCGACAAGACCCCCAAUCUCGCGGGUUUUUGAGAAAUAUCAUUCUAAAAUGAAAUGUUUCUUUGUUGAAUAAAAACAGAAAUGUUUACUGUUGGUGACUUCGCAAUAGUUUUGCUUUGUCGGCCAUUUCAAAUGCGACGAAACCUGCGAGAAAGCGCUCUGGGGCGCUCUGGCGGCGGGGCGGGAAAAUGAAGGAGAGCUUGUGGCUCCCCGUGUGGCUCCCCGUCGACUGUGCUGUCAGAUUUCCGCCAAUCGGCGCGAGGCGGAACGGAGCGCGAAUGUAAGCAAACAUUGAAAAGCACGUGUGAAUGGUAAUGACGUCAUUACAAAUGUCAUCUCCGCCAAUCAGCAUGUCGCAUCGACUUUUUCGAUGCAGAUAUUCAAAUUCCAGAGACGUAGUUGCAAGUUCUCCUUCCUUUUCCCACACCGCCGCCAGAGCACCCCGAAGAGCUUGCUCGCAGGCUAAAUGCGACGUUAUGAGUUCAGGUAUGGCUUUUACCGUCAAAACCCUGCUUAUUUUCCUCGAAUAUACGUCUGAAUUCUUCAUUAUUAAAGCUCUGCUAGCUUCAAACAGCGUCUACCGGCUAAAUAGACUUCAUGGGCAAAGACGUUAAAGAAUUAAUCAGACAUGAAUGUUCAACACUUGGUGCUGUGGCGCAAAAGAUAUUGCAAGGAGCUUACACAUCAAUGGUCUGGGGUCCGACUCCCCCCAGGGGAAACCUUUUUUUUUUUGUUUUUGGUCGUUUUGCUUUUGUUUUCUUAGUUUAGCUUAGAUAGAGAUAGAUAGAUAGAUAGAUAGAUAGACAGACAGACAGACAGACAGAUAGAUAGAUAGAUAGAUAGAUAAAUAGAUAGAUAGAUAGAUAGAUAGAUAGAUAGAUAGAUAGAUAGAUAGAUAGAUAGAUAGAUAGAUAGAUAGAUAGAUAGAUAGAUAGAUAGUUUAUUCUGAGUAAAAUCGCAGCCAAAAGCUGAAUUAGAUUAAUCGUUACAACAAUAAAAUCUAAUAAAAAUAUGAGAAAAAAUAUAGGAAAAAUGUACACAUAUGUAGCUAAAAAUUUAAUUACAGUUGCUAUAUAUAAAUGUGUUCUUUGAGUCUCUUAGCUUAGUUUUUUUAAAAAACAUAUUUUCACUUUUUGACAGACUUGGGUGCGUUCCUUUGAGAUGAUCCGGAUUAGGAUCAGUGGUCAGAGAUCAAUCGGAUCAUGGUAGAUCAAAUGAACCGAUGAAUCCACUCUGGAAAAGGAUUCAUCAGUUCAUUUGAUAUACGGACCAUGAUCCAAGUGAUCUCCAAUCACUGAUCCUGAUCCGGAUCAUCCCAAAGGAACGCACCCUUAAAUAAUACCGGUAGACUAAUUGCAAGUUCAUUAUCGGCCUUCCCUUUUGAAAUAAAUAAUCCACGAGUUAGCCAUAAGCACCCUUUGAUUCUUGGCCAAAUAAAUGUGGCUGUUCGUGAACGUUCGCGCAAUUAGUUUCUUACAGUUUCUUACAGUUUCUUGACUGAGCCGCCCAUGAAUAUCUUUGUAGGGUUUUGGAUUGGAGGUCCUGCGAACUUGAUUAGUUCUGCUAUAUCUGCUGAUCUUGGAAGACAGGUAUCAUGAGUAUUCUGUGCAUCGUAUAGUUCUUUAACGUAGGAAAUUGAUACUUCUUUGGGAGCCAAUGUUAGAAGCACGAGGAGAGUUUUAUCUGAUAUCAGGUUGAUAUCCAUCCACUGAGAAAUGGAUUGAUUAAGCUCGUUCGUAUAAAUAUUGAGAAAUGUUAGCUAUAGUAAGGUUACUGUUCAGUCCUCUCCCGUCUAAAGAUUUAAAGUGAGUAGUAACUAUUUGUCAUCUGCAUUACUUUUUCUUAAUAGAGUGCUAUCAGUGCAGACAGUGAGGCGUUAGCUACAGUAACGGGGAUCGUAGAUGGUACAGGAAGUGUGGGCGCUGCCAUCGGACAGGUGAUAACAUGUCAUGACUCCAUUACGAACUUCCACCUAUAAAUACACACGAUUCGACAAAUACUUCACCACGAGAUUCAAUUUCAAUUCUUAUCAAGAUUCUCGAACUAAAUGACUAUUAGCAGUCUUGGAACGGGCACUCGCCUCGCCUGACGUAAUUGGGCAGUACACAUCAUCUCCCACGUUUCCGAUGUUGUAAUAACACAGUUAGCGUUCAUUUAUAUUUAUUAGCGUUGCGUUAGUGAGGGCCGUAACGGUUCCCUUCCCCCAAGAAAGAAAGACCACACUACCGAGGUCGACGUCCCCUACUCUUACUACUCUUUUUACACAGUAGCGUGACUGCACGAUAAAGCGGCGUUAUAGCAAUGGAAGACAAGGUGUUAUCUUACCAGGUUUUCAAAGAGACCCUGGUUGGUGGGACAGGACCCGCAAUGGAACUCGCCACCUCCGCUUAGGAGCCUGGCAAUUUUUGUAUUGUUCCCCUUUAGUUGAUUCUUUGUCGUCCUCGUCUUGUUGUUUUGCCAAAAGACAGUUACAGUUUAAAUUCAAAGCUUAACCGCUAAGUACCAAUUUAAAGUAUCACUGUGUUUAUGUCGGAUUGAUUAAUUUGUAAGACAAGUUCGGGUUGGUAAAUUGUCUGCAAUCAUUAAUCUUUGUAAUCAUGCCGGACUCUCAGGAUUUGGACCUUGGGUACCAGAGGUCCUUAUGUUAUGUUUUCUCCCUUUAUAUCUAGUUUCUUGUUCCUGAAAUCAAUACCCACAGUGGAUGGAAACCUGUGUUUUACUUUUUGAUGGUCAUGGUAAGAGUAGUUCCAAGAAGAGAUGAGUCCUUCUAUUUUCGUAUUUCAGCCUACCAUUUUUCUUUAAUCAAUUUGGCAAUAAUAUCCUUUUUUGCUUCUUGUUCCAAUCAUUUUCGGAAACAAAGGCCACAUUUGAAAGGCCUUGGAUCACUGGAGGGAACAGUCGGAGUACUCUCGGUGCUUUUGUCAUUGAAGCCGCCAGCCUGGGAAACUUGACCACGAAAUAGCUUGAUUUUAGACCCUGAGGUUUGCAAAAUCUUUUUUAAAGACUUUGAGCAUCAAUAAGCGUACGUGCCGUACAUGCAAGCAAUUGCAAGUUACUGAUGUCGGCCAUCCUUGUUCCCACUCAUGUUCUGACCACCUGCUACUUUAAGGUGAUUCAAAAUGGCAGCAUUUGAAAUAAAAGAAAUUUUGUCGGAGCAUUUGAAUUCAAAGGAAAUGCUUCUGCUUAUUCCUUUAGAAAUUACCACUUACCUAUACUUUCCAUCAUUGACUACGGGAGUAAAUGGGUUAAAUAACUGUCAUUAGGAGUAAUUUCAGGCACGAAACAGCUAUUGUCUAGUACAACACAGUUUCUAACACUCUGUUCCUUUGCUGCCUUUUCACCACAGCUGCGCCCUUUUCACUUUACAGCACGACAGGUUUUAUGACCAGGGCACUUGUCUUUCUUUCUUUCAGGCUUUCAUGAGUUUUAUUUGCCUUCUUAUACUACCUGUUAUCAAGUUCACACGGUAA